AUGGGCCGCCUCGGGGUCAGUGCACUUCCUGAAUGUGUUCCACAUGGGUCGGUUCAGGUUGAAUGUGUGAAUGAAGCCCCAGGGGUGGCUUUGCCAAGCAGGAUGUAGGGUUUAAAUGGUUGACAGGAAUAGGAGCAGGCCUGGUUAAAACACACACACACUGAUGUGGUGAUAGAGAUGUGUAUUUAGGUGUAGUGUUAGUCUGAGUGCUCACAGUGUACUGUAACAGAUGAGCCUUCUUGUGGAUGACUUCCUCUUCUAUGUUCCCAGUCCGCAUCCCAAAUUACACCCUAUUUCCUGUAUAGUGCCUAUAGGGGUCUGGUCAAAAGUAGUACAUUAUAUACGGAAUAGGGUGCCAUUUGGGACACAUACUUUGUAAUGGAAUGUCCUCCAUCCCUAUUGUAUAUUCCUCCCAGUUAGUCAGUGAUGUGUAGGAUCUGUUCCUUAGAGGACAGCCUGAGGUAGGGCCAGUCAGUGAUGUGUAGGAUCUGUUCCUUAAGAGGACAGCCUGAGGUAGGGCCAGUCAGUGAUGUGUAGGAUCUGUUCCUUAAGAGGACAGCCUGAGGUAGGGCCAGUCAGUGAUGUGUAGGAUCUGUUCCUUAAGAGGACAGACUGAGGUAGGGUCAGUCAGUGAUGUGUAGGAUCUGUUCCUUAAGAGGACAGCCUGAGGUAGGGUCAGUCAGUGAUGUGUAGGAUCUGUUCCUUAAGAGGACAGCCUGAGGUAGGGCCAGUCAGUGAUGUGUAGGAUCUGUUCCUUAGGAGGACAGCCUGAGGUAGGGCCAGUCAGUGAUGUGUAGGAUCUGUUCCUUAAGAGGACAGCCUGAGGUAGGGCCAGUCAGUGAUGUGUAGGAUCUGUUCCUUAAGAGGACAGCCUGAGGUAGGGUCAGUCAGUGAUGUGUAGGAUCUGUUCCUUAAGAGGACAGCCUGAGGUAGGGUCAGUCAGUGAUGUGUAGGAUCUGUUCCUUAAGAGGACAGCCUGAGGUAGGGCCAGUCAGUGAUGUGUAGGAUCUGUUCCUUAAGAGGACAGCCUGAGGUAGGGUCAGUCAGUGAUGUGUAGGAUAUGUUCCUUAAGAGGACAGCCUGAGGUAGGGUCAGUCAGUGAUGUGUAGGAUCUGUUCCUUAAGAGGACAGCCUGAGAUAGGGCCAGUCAGUGAUGUGUAGGAUCUGUUCCUUAAGAGGACAGCCUGAGGUAGGGCCAGUCAGUGAUGUGUAGGAUCUGUUCCUUAGAGGACAGCCUGAGGUAGGGCCAGUCAGUGAUGUGUAGGAUCUGUUCCUUAGAGGACAGCCUGAGGUAGGGCCAGUCAGUGAUGUGUAGGAUCUGUUCCUUAGAGGACAGCCUGAGGUAGGGCCAGUCGGUGAUGUGUAGGAUCUGUUCCUUAAGAGGACAGCCUGAGGUAGGGCCAGUCGGUGAUGUGUAGCAUCUGUUCCUUAGAGGACAGCCUGAGGUAGGGCCAGUCGGUGAUGUGUAGGAUCUGUUCCUUAAGAGGACAGCCUGAGGUAGGGCCAGUCGGUGAUGUGUAGCAUCUGUUCCUUAGAGGACAGCCUGAGGUAGGGCCAGUCGGUGAUGUGUAGGAUCUGUUCCUUAGAGGACAGCCUGAGAUAGGGCCAGUCAGUGAUGUGUAGGAUCUGUUCCUUAGAGGACAGCCUGAGGUAGGGCCAGACAGUGAUGUGUAGGAUCUGUUCCUUAGAGGACAGCCUGAGGUAGGGCCAGACAGUGAUGUGUAGGAUCUGUUCCUUAGAGGACAGCCUGAGGUAGGGCCAGACAGUGAUGUGUAGGAUCUGUUCCUUAGAGGACAGCCUGAGGUAGGGCCAGACAGUGAUGUGUAGGAUCUGUUCCUUAGAGGACAGCCUGAGGUAGGGCCAGACAGUGAUGUGUAGGAUCUGUUCCUUAGAGGACAGCCUGAGGUAGGGCCAGACAGUGAUGUGUAGGAUCUGUUCCUUAAGAGGACAGCCUGAGGUAGGGCCAGUCAGUGAUGUGUAGGAUCUGUUCCUUAAGAGGACAGCCUGAGGUAGGGCCAGUCAGUGAUGUGUAGGAUCUGUUCCUUAGGGGACAGCCUGAGGUAGGGCCAGUCAGUGAUGUGUAGGAUCUGUUCCUUAGAGGACAGCCUGAGGUAGGGCCAGUCGGUGAUGUGUAGGAUCUGUUCCUUAGAGGACAGCCUGAGGUAGGGCCAGUCAGUGAUGUGUAGGAUCUGUUCCUUAGAGGACAGCCUGAGAUAGGGCCAGUCAGUGAUGUGUAGGAUCUGUUCCUUAGAGGACAGCCUGAGGUAGGGCCAGUCAGUGAUGUGUAGGAUCUGUUCCUUAGGGGACAGCCUGAGGUAGGGCCAGACAGUGAUGUGUAGGAUCUGUUCCUUAGAGGACAGCCUGAGGUAGGGCCAGACAGUGAUGUGUAGGAUCUGUUCCUUAGAGGACAGCCUGAGGUAGGGCCAGUCAGUGAUGUGUAGGAUCUGUUCCUUAGAGGACAGCCUGAGGUAGGGCCAGUCAGUGAUGUGUAGGAUCUGUUCCUUAGAGGACAGCCUGAGGUAGGGCCAGUCAGUGAUGUGUAGGAUCUGUUCCUUAGAGGACAGCUUGAGGUAGGGCCAGUCAGUGAUGUGUAGGAUCUGUUCCUUAGAGGACAGCCUGAGGUAGGGCCAGUCAGUGAUGUGUAGGAUCUGUUCCUUAGGGGACAGCCUGAGGUAGGGCCAGUCAGUGAUGUGUAGGAUCUGUUCCUUAGAGGACAGCCUGAGGUAGGGCCAGUCAGUGAUGUGUAGGAUCUGUUCCUUAGAGGACAGCCUGAGGUAGGGCCAGUCAGUGAUGUGUAGGAUCUGUUCCUUAGAGGACAGCCUGAGAUAGGGCCUGAGGUAGGGCCAGACAGUGAUGUGUAGGAUCUGUUCCUUAAGAGGACAGCCUGAGGUAGGGCCAGUCAGUGAUGUGUAGGAUCUGUUCCUUAGAGGACAGCCUGAGGUAGGGCCAGUCAGUGAUGUGUAGGAUCUGUUCCUUAGAGGACAGCCUGAGGUAGGGCCAGUCAGUGAUGUGUAGGAUCUGUUCCUUAGAGGACAGCCUGAGGUAGGGCCAGUCAGUGAUGUGUAGGAUCUGUUCCUUAGGGGACAGCCUGAGGUAGGGCCAGUCAGUGAUGUGUAGGAUCUGUUCCUUAGAGGACAGCCUGAGAUAGGGCCUGAGGUAGGGCCAGACAGUGAUGUGUAGGAUCUGUUCCUUAGAGGACAGCCUGAGGUAGAGCCAAAGACAGUACAGUAUGAAGAUUGGUGGAAACUGCUUCUCCAAUAGAAAACCCUAAUAACGCUUGUAGGUGACGUUGGCUAGCUAAGCUGAUGCGCAGGAAAACAUAAUUGGGUCUACCGGUCGUCUUGCGCCGAACUGAUUCAAAUCAAAGGCACUCCUUCGAUAUAAAGCAGUUUCUGACAAAUGAAAGUGUCAGUUUGUCACUGUCACGGGUUGGACUAAUAACAUGUUAAACUAUUUAAGACAUUAGCUCGAAUCUAGGUUGUGCCUUAUAGAUUUUGAGAAAAUGUAAUAAUUUAAGGAAUAAUUUUUUACUUCUUCACUCAUUGACUUCUCAUACCACGGCCUAGUCUGCUUCAAAUAAAAUACAAUUGCCAUAUGCGCCGAAUACGACAGGUGUAGACCUUACAGGGAAUGCUUACUUACAAGCGCUUAACCAGCAAUGCAAUUUUAAUAAAGAAUACCAAUUUUAUUUUUUAUAAAUUAAAGAAAUAACACAAAAUAAAAGUAACAAAUAAUUAAAGAGCAGCAGUAAAAAUAACAAUAGCGAGGCUAUAUACAGGGGGUACCGGUACCGAGUUAAUGUGGGGGGGCACUGGUUAGUCGAGGUAAUUGAGGUAAUAUGUACAUGUAGGUAGAGUUAUUAAAGUGACUAUGCAUAAAUAAUAAACAGAGAGUAGCAGCAGCGUAAAAGUGAGGGGGGGGGGCAUUUGAUUAGCCAUUUGACUAGAUGUUCAGGAGUCUUAUGGCUUUGGGGUAGAAGCUGUUUAGAAGCCUCUUGGACCUAGACUUGGUGCUCCGGUACCGCUUGCCGUGCGGUAGCAGAGAGAACAGUCUAUGACUAGGGUGGCUGGAGUCUUUGACAAUUUUUAGGGCCUUCCUCUGACACCGCCUGGUAUAGUGGUCCCAGUGAUGGACUGGGCCGUACGCACUACCCUCUGUAGUGCCUUGCGGUCGGAGGCCGAGCAGUUGCCAUACCAGGCAGUGAUGCAACCAGUCAGGAUGCUCUCGAUGGUGCAGCUGUAGAACCUUUUGAGGAUAUGAGGACCCAUGCCAAAUCUUUUCAGUCUCCUUAGGGGGAAUAGGUUUUGUCAUGCCCUCUUCACGACUGUCUUGGUGUGCUUGGACCAUGUUAGUUAGUUUGCUGGUGAUGUGAACACCAAGGAACUUGAAGCUCUCAACCUGCUCCACUACAGCCCCGUUGACGAGAAUGGGGGCGUGCUCGGUCCUCUUCUUUUUCCUGUAGUCCACAAUCAUCUCCUUGGUCUGUAUCGCAAGCGUUCCCAGAAGUCUUGUGAUGUUGUUCCUCUGGGUUUAGAAAAACUCUGUGGUUAGGGCCUAUUGUUUAUUAUAGGUCUGAAAUCUACACCUUAGGACAUGUUGAGGGCUACAAGUCACAGCACAGUAACACAAGCUAAGGCUGAGAGAGAUAACAAAUUCUUGUUCCUGCGUUUGCCCAGGAAGUUAUGUGGGUUUGACAGGGAUAGCAUAACGGCUAACGUUCUUCAACUGUCAGACAAAAGGUGUGAUGUUGAGUCUUGUUAGUUAGGUGAUAAACCGAGCUGACCAUGGUGGUGAAGGCCGGUGAUGGAGACUACAGGCAAAGCAAGUCUCACCCCUCUGAUUAGGAAAAUGUCCCAUUCCUUUCCUUAUGGAAAUAAAUGUCCCUCGAAAGGGUACCAAGAAAACAAGAUUUGAAUCCUGACUUUGAAAAGGCAAAUGUUGUGAAGUCAAGUAUGUUUUUUGCUUGAAGACCAACCUCUCUUCCUUUAUCAAUCUCCAUUUUCCUUAUAGCUGCUUUUAAAGCAUGGUGUGUACUCCAGUUGUCAGACUGAUAGCCUGGUGUGUAUCCAGUUGUCAGACUGAUAGCCUGGUGUGUACUCCAGUUGUCAGACUGAUAGCCUGGUGUGUACUCCAGUUGUCUGACUGAUAGCCUGGUGUGUAUCCAGUUGUCAGACUGAUAGCCUGGUGUGUACUCCAGUUGUCAGACUGAUAGCAUGGUGUGUACUCCAGUUGUCAGACUGAUAGCCUGGUGUGUACUCCAGUUGUCAGACUGAUAGCCUGGUGUGUACUCCAGUUGUCAGACUGAUAGCCUGGUGUGUACUCCAGUUGUCAGACUGAUAGCCUGGUGUGUACUCCAGUUGUCAGACUGAUAGCAUGGUGUUAAUUUCUGUUCAGUGAUAGUGUGAAAAGGAUGUCAGUCAGGUUGUUGUUGUUCUCUAUAGCAGAAAUUCAUCCACAGCAAUGCAGUUAUAAAUUAUCAUAUGCUGGAUGGACCUAAUAUGAUUUUGCAUCUAACUGUUCACAUGGCUCAUCUAUCAUUUCCAUACUUUUGUUUUGGAUAUUUUAUUAGAAUAUCCUUGGUGGCACAUGUUUGAUCAAGUCACUCCUCCAAUUUGAUUCACGAAGGAAUGGUAUGAUCCCCCCCCCCCCCCCCCCCCCCGUUGAGCCAGAUAGUCAUUGACUGUUACAGUAGUUAAUACACUGAACCUGAUGGGGACUGGUAGCUAAAAACUCAGAGCAGUGUGUUUCCCCCCUGACCUCGCCCCUCCUCUCCUCAGGGGAGCAUUGGCUGUUGGGUGAGGGACAGUUGGGAUAUAUUAAAUAUUGAGAUGGGGGUGGAAAGCCUUUGUGAAUGACUUGUCUCAGGUUACAAGCCAGCCAGGCAGGUAUGUGAGGCAGGCAGCCAGGCAGGCAGCCAGGCAGGUAUGUGAGGCAGGCAGGCAGCCAGGCAGGUAUGUGAGGCAGGCAGCCAGGCAGGUAUGUGAGGCAGGCAGCCAGGCAGGCAGCCAGGCAGGUAUGUGAGGCAGGCAGGCAGCCAGGCAGGUAUGUGAGGCAGGCAGCCAGGCAGGUAUGUGAGGCAGGCAGCCAGGCAGGCAGCCAGGCAGGUAUGUGAGGCAGGCAGGCAGCCAGGCAGGUAUGUGAGGCAGGCAGCCAGGCAGGUAUGUGAGGCAGGCAGCCAGGCAGGUAUGUGAGGCAGGCAGCCAGGCAGGUAUGUGAGGCAGGCAGCCAGGCAGUGAGGCUCCUUUUGAAAGGUGUUCUGAAUGCCUGUUGUCCCUCUCUCCCCCUCCCCUCUUCCGCAUUGUUGCCAUGGCAUUGUGUCGGGCCAGACCUGUUUGCCGACUGAGACCGCCAAACAUCACAACAAACCGCAGUAUGUGUAGUGGAGGAGGACAGUGACUAUCAUAUUUUACACCUCGGAGGGUUCUGGUCUAAAGUAGUGCACUAUAAAUUAAAGGGUGCCAUUUGGGACUUAACCCCUAAGUCAUAUUUAACAUUUAGUCCAUCCCACUGAUUAGUGGUAGUGAAUUUCAGGGAAUGUGGGUCUAGAAUAUAGUUGCCUUUUUGAUCUUGAUUGUUCCCAUUUCUCCAACUAGAAAGUGUGUAAAUUGAUUUAUUUGAGUGGAUUUGGUGAUAUUCUCCAUGGUGAUCCAUGUUAGAGCUCUCAGAAUCAUAGAAUAGCAGAAUCCUCAUCGCAGUGUAAAGUCAGAGGCUCACUGUCAUGAGAAGUGCAUUCCUCGCUUUGUUCUCUGCCAGAAACACGUUCUUAAGAAUUUGGAAAACAAACUGUUUCACAACACUCACUACUGUACACAAUCAAUUCACAACCUCAAACACUUCAAUGUGCCACGUUAAAUUGGUCCUGCAUUUGAUCAUAUCAUACAUGGGGUUAUAGACGUAGUCCUCACACAGUAAUGUUAUAGGGCCUAUCCUCUCCUCUCCACAAGCAUUCUGGUAUUCAGGAACUUGUUGUCUCUCAAAUCACAGCAUGGCCAUAGACAACCUGCCAGACAGACUGCCAGACAGACCGCCAGACAGUCUUAUUUGAUUUGUUUAGUAUUUUAUAGUAUUUACACAAGAUGGUCAUGGAGACGAGUUGCAUUACCAAUAAUCUGUCCUUUCUCCCGGCGUGUGUGCUUGUUAACUUCCCUUGAUGGAUUUGAAACUAAAUCACUGGUAGGCUAUAUGGAAACUCUCUAGGCCUUGCUUAGACCAAUCCAAUGCUUUUACAUUUGUGGGGAGUAGUGAAUGGGCACGUUCGAGCGGAUACAUUUUGUCUAGUAAGUGACCAUCGUUGGUCACCGCCUUUCAAAGUGUGACUCAAACAGGGAACCAAUUCUAAUGCUACAGGGGAUACAAAUGAAAGUGAUAUGAGACCUUCUCUCUAACCAAUGAAUUGUACACCCAUUUUAUGUUUUCAGUUUGAGUGUAUGAUUUGGGGGUAACAAAGGUUAUUUGACUUUUAUUUAUUUAUUUAAUAAACGUUUAUUAACAAUAGCAGCUAUGUUGACACUGCCACGUUGAUCAUAGCCUUGCUGCUGGAGGAAGGAGAGAUGAUUUUAGACAAAUGAGUACUACACAGCAGGAAGGAAUGGUAGAAGUGGAACUGCAGAGAGUGAGCGAGAGACCUUGCUUACUUAGUCAAAUAAGGGUGCGCCCUACCUGCCUGCCUAUCGCCUACCUGUGUGUAACUCUCCCCUUGGGUGUGGAGCUAAGGUACGUUCUACCGUACCUUACUUGUUUGUUUGUUUUUCACUUUUUUAUUUUUUUAUUUUUUAUAUUUUCAUAACUAUUUUCUUGAACUGCCUUGUUGGUUAAGGGCUUGUAACUAAGCAUUUCACGGUAAGCUCUACACCUGUUGUGUUCGGCGCAUGUGACAAAUACAAAUUUGAUUUUAUAAAAAUUGAAUAUACAGUGCAUUCGGAAAGUAUUCCCGACCCCUUGACUUGCUCCACAUUUUGUUACGUUACAGCCUUAUUCUAAAAUGGAUUAAAUGAACAUUUUCCCCUCAUCAAUCUACACUAAAUUCCCCAUAAUGACAAAGUGAAAACAGGUUUUUAGAAAUGUUUGCAAAUUUAUACAAAAUCCAAAGCAGAAAUACCUUAUUUACGUAAGUAUUCAGACCCUUUGCUAUGAGACUCGAAAUUGAGCUCAGGUGCAUCCUGUUUCCAUUGAUCAUCCUUGAGAUGUUUCUACAACUUGAUUUGGAGUCCACCUGUGGUAAAUUCAAUUGAUUGGACAUGAUUUGGAAAGGCACACACCUGUCUAUAUAAGGUCCCACAGUUGACAGUGCAUGUCAGAGCAAAAACCAUGCCUUGGGUUCGAAGGAAUUGUCCGUAGAAAUCCAAGACACGAUUAUGUCGAGGCACAGAUCUGGGGAAGGGUACCAAAACAAAAAAAUCUGCAACAUUGAAAGUCCCCAAGAACACAGUGGCCUCCAUCAUUCUUAAAUGUUAGAAGUUUGGAACCACCAAGACUCUUCCUAGAGCUGGCCACCCGGCCAAACUGAGCAAUCGGGGGAGAGGGGCCUUGGUCAAGGUGGUGACCAAGAACCCGAUGGUCACUCUGACAGAGCUCCAGAGUUCCUCUGUGGAGAUGGGAGAAGCUUCCAGAAGGACAACCAUCUCUGCAUCAUUCCACCAAUCAGGCCUUUAUGGUAGAGUGGCCAGAUGGAAACCACUCCUCAGUAAACGGCUCAUGACCGCCCGCUUGGAGUUGGCCAAAAGGCACCUAAAGGACUCUGACCAUGAGAAACAAGAUUCUCUGGUCUGAUGAAAGCAAGAUUGAACUCUUUGGCCUGAAUGCCAAGCGUCACGUUUGGAGGAAACCUGGCACCAUCCCUACGGUGAAGCAUGGUGGUGGCAGCAUCAUGCUGUGGGGAUGUUUUUCAGCGUCAGAGACUGGGAGACUAGUCAGGAUCGAGGGAAAGAUGAACGGAGCAAAGUACAGAGAGAUUCUUGAUGACAACCUGCCCCAGAGCUCUCAGGACCUCAAACUGGGGUGAAGGUUCACCUUCCAACAGGACAACGACCCUAAGCACACAGACAAGACAACGCACAAGUGGCUUCGGGACAAGUCCCUGAAUGUCCUUGAGUGGCCCAGCCAGAGCCCGGACUUAAACCAGAUCGAACAUCUCUGGAGAGACCUGAAAAUAGCUGUGCAGCGACGCUCCCCAUCCAACCUGACAGCGCUUGAGAGGAUCUGCAGAGAAGAAUGUGAGAAACUCCACAAAUACAGGUGUGCCAAGCUUGUAGCGUCAUACCCAAGAAGACUCGAGGCUGUAAUCGCUGCCAAAGGUGCUUCAACAAAGUACUGAGUAAAGGGUCUGAAUACUUAUGUAAAUGUGAUAUUUCCAUGUUUAAGAAAUAUAUAAAUUUACAGAAAUGUCUACAAACCCGUUUUUGCUUUGUCUUUAUGGGGUAUUGUGUGUAGAUUGAGGGGUAAAAUUUUUUUUAAUCCAUUUUAGGUCUGAAUACUUUCUGAAUGCACUGUACAUGCCACUUCCACUCCAUCCCAGACUAUUACAUCCUAAAGGUAUUUUCUAAGGUGUCUACUGUCUAGGGGAGAGGGAGACUUUGCACAGAUUUUAGUGAUGCUCAUUAUGAUUUAAACAUCACGUAGGCAUCUUCUUGCUUUAUCACGUAAGGUGAGUUGAAUUGUCCUGGAGUCCUUUUGUCACGUGGAAAACCUAAACUAACUUAAGUUGUUGUUGUGACAAAACCGAUAGCUACCCUACUGAUUUUGCUGACUCAUUCUGUCUAGGGGUCUUAGUCCUAGUUACAUGGUCUGUAACCUGACUUGAUGUGUGCUUAAAUGUGGGAAGUAAGUGUGUGUGCGACCAGGUGUUGAAUGUAUGUAUCCAGGAAACAGCCACUUUUCCUUAGGCCAGCUACUUACAUUUACAUUACAUUUUAGUCAUUUAGCAGACGCUCUUAUCCAGAGCGACUUACAGUUAGUGAGUGCAUACAUUAUAUAUAUUUUUAUUUUUUCAUACUGGGCCCCCCCGUGGGAAUCGAACCCACAACCCUGGCGUUGCAAACGCCAUGCUCUACCAACAUCCCCUGCCGGCCAUUCCCUCCCCUACCCUGGACGACGCUGGGCCAAUUGUGCGCCGCCCCAUGGGUCUCCCGGUCGCGGCCGGCUACGACAGAGCCUGGAUUCGAACCAGGAUCUCUAGUGGCACAGCUAGCACUGCGAUGCAGUGCCUUAGACCACUGCGCCACUCUUGACCUCUUGGUCGGCCAGUCCAAGCGGAUUAUUAUUUGUCCUAAUGGGGACGAAACAUACGUACAAAAAAUACAAAAAGGAGUGCCCAAAAUAACGACUCAAAAGGCGUCAUGGCCACCAAACAAAACCCAGCAGCCUCACGGCUCUGCCAGCUGGUUGUCUGACUGACAUCAGCUGAUGUGCUCGUCAAGGCUUCCUUCUAGCACAGCAUUUGGACAUGGUUGGUGCUGCCACCUGGGGGUGGAGUGUUGAAGUGUAUCCUGGUAGUAUGUUGCUAACACUAAACUACAUAACGUUAUCAAACAAAUUAAAAAAUAUAAAGUAGCCUAUGUUUUUUAUAAACUUUGUAAUGGGCCCAAAACACUUGUCAAUCAUGACCUUGUCUAGCGUGAAGAGGCUAAAAGACAUUGGUGCCAAAAUGCUAACACUGAGUACUUAGACAUUUUAGGUUGUUUGGCCAUUACCCAUUUUCGAGCUCUAAUCUAACAAGACAUUGAAAGCCUUAUGAGUUAACUAUAUUAUAGUGUGCUCUGUGUAUUAUGGUUAGUAGUAACCUAGAUUAUAUCAUGGCACAAACUGCUUACUUACAUGUUAUUGGCUCAAUAAAUACCCCAAGUUGGUGUGCUGCCAUUGCCGUUUUGGCUUUGGCAGUACAGUUGAGUGGACACGGGGCUGGGAGGAGAAGCGCGUUUUGAGUCGCGUUCCGUGGUUCAUUUCCAGCCACUGGUUUCUCACCUGAGCUGGAAUAAUGGCAGAAUGUCGACAUGGCAUUUCUGACUGUGGUGUCACUGUGAUUUUUUUUAAUGAUGUGUGUAGUUUUGGCAUGGGGUUGCCUACAGAACAGCAUAGUCACCUGAAGGGGCUGGCUGCAUCCCAAAUGGCCAUCUACAUAUACCCUAUAUAGAGCACUAGCCCUGGUCUGAAGAAGUGCGUCUAUAAAGGGAAUGGGGUUCCAUUUGAGACUCAACUGCUUUCUGUCUGUAGAAUGCUUCUGUGUCAGGGUUAAACAUGAGGAAUGCGGUCGCCACCUUGCUGAUCAAGCUCCAUUACCACCAUCUCCUUAAAACGGGUAGGGUUAGUGGUUAGUGACGGGGAAUGGAAAUUCACCUGGGGUAUUUGGCUAUAUUUCAAACCUGUCGGCUUUCCUUUUUAGGUUUUACGUAGGUGAAAGAUUGGGGAAAUUAUUUUAGUUUAGUUUUUGUUUCCGUCUAGUUUCUUUUUGUGGACUCAAGGUUUUAUCUUAUUUUUAUAGCGAAAGCAACAGUCUAUUUUUUGCUCAUGGUUAUACACUACAAUGCCAUAAGUAUGAGGACACAUGCUCGUCGAACAUCUCAUUCCAAAAUCAUAGGCAUUAAUAUGGAGUUGGUCCCCCCUUUGCUGCUAUAACAGCCUCCACUCUUCUGGAAAGGCUUUCCACUAGAUGUUGGAACAUUUACUGUGGGUACUGCAGCAAGAGCAUUCAUGAGGUCGGGCACUGAUUUUUUUUUUAUUUAUUUUUUUGUUGAUCUUUUUUUUUUUUUCACUGAUGUUGGGCGAUUAGACCUGGCUCGCAGUCGGCGUUACAUUUCAUUCCGAAGGUGUUAGAUUGGGUUGAGGUCAGGGCUCUGUGCAGGCCAGUCAAGUUCUUCCACACAGAUCUUGACAAUCGUCUAGCACAAACUAUGGAAAAACAGCCCCAGACCAUUAUUCCUCCUCCACCAAACUUUACAGUUGGCAUUAUGCAUUGGUGCAGGUAGCGUUCUCCUGGCAUCUGCCAAAACCCAGAUUCGUCCGUCGGACUGCCAGAUGGUGAAGUGUGAUUCAUCACUCCAGAGAACACGUUUCCACUGCUCCAGAGUCCAAUGGUGGCAAGCUUUACACUACUCCAGGUGACGCUUGGCAUUGCGCAUGGUGAUCUUAGGCUUGUGUGCGGCUGCUCGGCCAUGGAAACCCAUUUCAUGAAGCUCCCGACAAACAGUUAUUGUGCUGACGUUGCUUCCAGAGGCAGUUUGGUACUCAGUAGUGAGUGUUGCAACUGAGGACAGACAAUUUUUACACGCUUCAGCACUCAGCGGUCCCGUUCUGUGAGCUUGUGUGGCCAACCACUUCGCGGCUGAGCUGUUGUUGCUCCUAGACGUUUCCACUUCACAAUAACUGCAAUUACAGUUGACCGGGGCAGCUCUAGCAGGGCAGACAUUUGACCAACUGACUUGCUGGAAAGGUGGCAUCCUGUGACGGUGCCACGUUGAAAGUCACUGAGCUGUUCAGUACAGGCCAUUCUACUGCCAAUGUUUGCCAAUGCAUGGCUGUGUACUCGAUUUUAUACACACAUUUGAAGGUGUGUCCUUAUACUUUUGGCCAUGUAGUGUAUCUAGUAUGACAGCACAUGUAUCUUGUGUAUGACACGUGAUUUCUUUAGUGUCCUUUCCCUGUCAAAGAUCUAAGUGGACUUGACUGUUUAGUGUACUUCAAGUCCUCUGACAUGCUUUGUUAAUGUGAACUGAAACCAGUUUUGCUUUGGAAGAAUGAGUUGGCAAAAUAAUUAGCAAGGAUUAGUGGCUAUUUCAAAAUACUCCUUGAUGAAAAUUCUCUCUCUCCUCUCUCUCACUCGAUCUUUGCUCUCUCUCUCUCCUGUCCUCUCCCCCUGUCUUCUCCUCCCUCUCCCCUCGCCCCCCAUCCAUCCCCCCCAGUGAGCGACCUCCAGACGUUUCUCCACCAUGAGUCGGGAGCGAGUAGACUCCCAGGAGUCACUGGGGCCUGACGAUGAGGUCAUGCCGUAUAGUGACGACGAGACGGAUGAUGAGUUGGACCCCGGCUCAGACGAAGAGAGGCCCCCAGGGGGGCCACAGGCUGAAGAGCCCAAGAGCGCCGGUAAGAGACUGGGAGCAGACACUAGAGAAGAGCUGCACACACACACACACAGGAAGACACACACACACACACACACACACAGGCAAACACACACACACACAGACACACACACACACACAAACACACACACACACACAUCCAUUACAUUUUUUGUCAUUUAUCAGAAGCUCUUAUCCAGAGCGACUUACAGUUAGUGCAUACAUUUUCAUACUGGCCCCCCGUGGGAAACGAACCCACAACCCUGGCGUUGCAAGCACCAUGCUCUACCAACUGAGCUACAGGGGACUGUUUAUGAGGAAACACCCUUAAUAGUUGUGAUACCACCUUCGAUUCGUUUGGAAAUAUUCCAGUUUCACCAUUCAGCUGCCAUAUUCUUCAGGUUUGCCAACUGACUGUCUGUUCUUCUGUUUCCAGAGUCUGGUUGGAGAGUCAAAGCAAAUGACAGAGCCUUCUGUAACCUGCCAGAGUUUCAGAAAAAAUACUUUUUUUGUCUCAAGAAGAGCAAAUACGCAGUAAGUCCCCUCUCUCUCCCAGUUCCACCCAGGACUGCUGGUUCAAACCUAGGUCUUGUGCGUUAGGCACCACACGAAGACAAUGGACUGAAACAGGAAAGCUGUAACCUGGAAAUUGUUUUGUUUUCCGUUGUAAAAUGGUUUAAAACCUUUUCAGUUCCAUGCCCUAAUGAACACCACCCUAAUGAACACCACCCUAAUGAACACCAGCCUCAGACUGAGUAAAACUAAAUAUUUACUAAUGAAACAAGCUUUAUUUUUAGGAGUAAUGACAGUUGCUGGCAGGAGUGCGACCAUAAAGGACAAGACUCAGGUCGGCAGAAACCUAUCUCUGUAAUGUGCUUAGGAGGAGCUCGAUGUCGUCCCUUUAAACAAGCCCAUAUUUGAGUGUGGUAGCAGACAAAAUGCCAGUGCUAUGUUGAGCUUUUAUCCUUUUGGAUUGCCUCAUACACCACUGUGUGUGCUAUUACAUACUUUCCAAUGGCGGUAGUAGGUCCAGUGCAUCAUGGACAAUAAGGAAGUUUGUUCUUUUAUUUGAUCAGUUAUUCUGGUUGUUCCUACUUCCUCCUUACUGUGCUGAUGUGUCUGUCAUACUGGCCGGACCACUUUGUAUAUAAUACAAAGAUUCUUUAUUACAGCUCCAUAAAACACACAGACUGGGCUGAAAAUAACAAUGAGGUAUUUAUCAGAUGCCGAGGUAUUUAUCAGAUGCCCAGGUAUUUAUCAGAUGCCCAGGUAUUUAUCAGUUGCCCAGGUAUUAUCAGUGACUGCCAGACUGUGCCAGGACAGGACUCAUUGUUAGUCUGUGGUCUUUCCUUUCUGUGGCGAUAGAACUUCUUCUCUUUUGUGUUCAUUUACUUGUUAGUCACCAUUAGACGUCAUGUUACCACACUCCCUAGUGUCGAUCAUCAGAGAGUUAGCCUGAAAUCAAGGCUACCAUUUAUCGUAAUGAGGUGAUACGAAUCUCAUUCAGUUGUCUAAACAAACAAACAAAUGGGUAAAUAAAUACAUUUUCCAACUGGUGACCGAAGUAGUUUUUUGUGUUUGGGGUCAUCCCCCACAUGGAUAAACUGAUACCACAGUGGAGUUGACCUGUAUUCGAGGAGGAGUGCCACUGUUAACAGUUCGCCUGGUCCCAGAUCUGCCAAUCCUGCCAACUUCUAUGGGCGUUGUCACGUCACAAACAGAUCUGGGACCAGGCUAGUUAGAAUGCUAACUGCAGGCACAUUGUGGGACAAAGUACAGAUGUCAAACUAUGACUUAGGUAUUUUGUGACAUCUGAAAAUAGCUCCGCUUUUGUUUGCAGCUAGUGAUCUGUGGUUGUGCGCUCUGCCUGCGGUAAGGCAUUGGGACAUUGGAAAUUCCCUGUACACAGUAGACACUCCCAUAAAAACCAACACCUCACCUGUUUCUUCGGUUAAUAACUCUUCCUUAAAGGAACGGACAGAGCAAGUGUAGGUGUUUUUGUUUGUAACUAAAUGUGCCGCUUUCCCUGGUUUUUAAAUAAAUCAUGAAAAUAAAGAGCAGAGAGGCUGGGCUAUAGACAUUCAGACACUCCCUUUCAGCACCACUCCUAAGCACCACUCCUAAGCCCCGCUCUUAUCCUUAAUGGUACUUAACCUAAGCUGCUGUUUCCACUUACCCUUGGUUAAAGACUGCUCUUUAUAAAGUCACUGACCACUACACCGGUGUCCUAGUCCCACUCUGCUCUUUUUACUUAUUAGUCACGUUCUAGGACACAUGGAUGCGUCUCAAAUGGCACUCUAUUCCCUUAUAUACUGAACUACUUUUCUGCCCUGGUCAAAAGUAGUGCACGUUAUAGGAAAUAGGUUGUCAUUUGGGACUGGGGUUUAGAAGAGUGGUUUUGUCUAAUCGUUUCUGCUGUUUUGUUGUUUAUGCGAAUUGGCAUGGAAAGUUCUACCUAGUGUGACAGAGGGAGAGAGAAGAGAACUGUUCCACCCCAGAAUACCACACACACGGAAGAUGUGUUCUAGCCGCACCUAGGGGAAUGCACACACACACGGAAGAUGUGUUCUAGCCGCACCUAGGGGAAUGCACACACACAUGGAAGAUGUGUUCUAGCCGCACCUAGGGGAAUGCACACACAACUACAUUUACAUUUUAGCUACUGUACUGGAGUGUGAAUUCAUUAUAAUAAUUGGUCAUUUAGCAGACGCUCUUAUCCAGAGCGACUUACAGGAGCAAUUAGGGUUAAGUACCUUGCUCAAGGGCACAUCGACAGAUUUUUCACCUAGUCGGCUCAGGGAUUAGAACCAGCGACCUUUCGGUUACUGGCACAACGCUCUUAACCACUAAGCUACCUGCCGCCCCAGGAACCAGAGGACUGCCUGUUAACAUAGAACUUCCCUAAAGUCUCCCUGAUGUUAAUGGCCAUAAUAGUCUAAACCAGUCUGUAUCCGUAAAGCCUUUCUGUCUUCCCAGAAACCUUUAGUAAAAGCAGAGUUUGUAUGUAUAAGAGCCUCAAGUCUCUAUAUGGACAUUAAAGUGGAGAUUUUCUCCCUGUUUUGAUUUAACCGUGUUUAUGUACCUUUCUUUAGUUCAUCUUCUGACCAAAUGCGUUGUUGUUUUGUGCCCUAAGGGGAAUGGAAUCAAGACGUACAAAUACAACGCCUUGACCUUCAUCCCACUGAAUCUGUUCGAGCAGUUCAAACGAGCUGCCAACCUUUACUUUCUGGCCCUGCUGAUCUUACAGGUAAGUCUGCUAAAAACCGCUGCGUUACAGCCAGCGUUGAAUAAUAACUGAUUACAACGAUCUUCAGCGGUAGACCGUGGGGUUCCAUUUUUAGCAAAGAGUCUUCUGUCAGACAUCCCAGAUCAUGCUACAGUAUGGAAGGAAUCAAAUCUAUACAAUUUUGUCAGAUGCUUGGUAAACAACAGGUGUAGACUAACAGGGAAAUGCUUACUGACGGGUCCUUUUCCAACGAUGCAGAGUUAAAGAUAAAUAAAAUAAAAUAGAAAUAGUGACACGAGGAAACAAUUUUUUGCCCCUUCCUCUGACACCGCCUGGUAUAGAGGUCCUGGAUGGCAGGGAGCUAAGUGAUGGACUGGGAAGGAGUGAGCUUGUGUUGUUUUUUGUGAUGCGAGCAGUUUAAACUAAUUAUUAUAAAAAAAUAUAUUCACAUUUUAAAUUUCAACCCCCUUUUCUCCCCAAUUUCGUGAUAUCCAAUUACGAUCUGGUCUCAUCGCUGCAACUCUCCAACAGGCUCGGGAGAGUUAAAGGUUGAGUCAUGCGUCCUCCGCAACAUGACCCGCCAAGCCGCGCUACUUCUUAUCACCCGCUCGCUUAACCUGGAAGCCAUACGCACCAAUGUGUCGGAGGAAACGCCGUUCAACUGACGACUGAAGUCAGCUUGCAGGCACCCGGCCCGCCACGAGGAAACGCUAGAGUGCGAUGAGCCAAGGAAAGUCCCCCGGCCAAAACCUCCCCUAACCUGGACAACGCUGGGCCAAUUGUGCGCCGCCCUAUGUGACUCCCGGUUAACACUGAUGCAGUGCCUUAGAACACUGCACCACUCGGGAGGCCCCAGUUUAAACUAAUUUACAUAGCAUUUACAUCACAUUUUAAAUCUAUGCCGCAUUGUUACAAGCUGGCACUUAACGAACUAUAAACAAGCAGGAAAACGUACAUCCAGAGACUGCUUUUCUGGUUGCCGGCGAUUUAAGACACGCGAUGCCCAACUUCCAUCAUCACGUGUCCUUCGCCACUAGGGGCAAUAAAGUCCUGUUAUUCUACCCACAAGCAAGCUUACAAAGGCCCUCCCUCGUCUGCCAUUCGGCAAAAUCCGAUCAAGACUCCCUACUCCUGUUUACAAGCAGAAGCUCAAACAGGAAGUACCCGUGACUCGCUUCGUUGAGAAAUGGUCACCAGAAUCAGGGAUUAUGCUACAGGACUGCUUUGGUAGCGCUGAUUUGAAAUACAGGUAUGUUUCGAGACUCCGCCGAUUUUAAUAUUGACGAGCUAACCACCUCAGUCACCGGCCUUAAUUAGGAAAUGCAUGGGCGACCUUGUCCCCCACAGUGAAGGUUCCUGGAUUAAUACAGAGGUUGGCACUAAAGGACAGGGCUGUGAGCCUGAGGCUAUGGCUGAGGACAGGAAUACCUACAGGAAGUCCCACUACGACCUCCGCAGAUUCAUCAAACGAGCAAAAGGGCAAUAUAGGAAUAAGGUGGAAUCAUAUUACACAGGCUCUGACACCUGAAUGUGGCAGGGGCGACAGACCGUUACGGAUUCCAAAGGAAGACCCAGCCGUGAUCUGACCAAUGAUGUCUCUCUACCAGACAGAUUCGACGCAUUUUAUGCACCCUUUGACAACAACAACAUCGUGGUGGGGGUGAGGGCCGCCACCGACCCAGAGGAUUGGACAUGCGGACAGCCCAGUACAUCACUGGGGCCGAGCACCUUACCCCUAUGCAUAUCUACCUGUAUCACUCCAGUAUCCCUGCACAUUGUUAAUAUGGUAUUGGAACUGACCCUGUAUAUAUAGUCACCUUACCCCUAUGCAUAUCUACCUCCAUCACUCCAGUAUCCCUGCACAUUGUUAAUAUGGUAUUGGAACUGACCCUGUAUAUAGUCACCUUACCCCUAUGCACAUCUACCUGUAUCACUCCAGUGUCCCUUUACAUUGGAAAUAUGGUACUGGAACUGACCCUGUAUAUAUAAUGUUUACCCCUAUGCAUAUCUACCUCUAUCACUCCAGUAUCCCUGCACAUGGGAAAUAUGGUAUUGGAACUGACCCUGUAUAUAGUCACCUUACCCCUAUACAUAUCUACCUCUAUCACUCCAGUGUCCCUUUACAUUGUUAAUAUGGUACUGGAACUGACCCUGUAUAUAUAAUGUUUACCCCUAUGCAUAUCUACCUCUAUCACUCCAGUAUCCCUGCACAUGGGAAAUAUGGUACUGGAACUGACCCUGUAUAUAGUAUGCUUACUUACUUUCUCAUGUUCAACACACAGGACCCUGGCCUAAGCAGUGAUGAAGCAUUGUUGGUCAACAGAAACCGCAGGGCAAUAAAGAUGGGGCAUUUAUAAUCAGAUUAUUCCUGCGGUCACCACGCUGCCUUGAAACUUUUAACAUGUUGGAUAAAGGAAUAGAUUAUGUGAUAUUAAUGCACUUUUUAUUAUUAUUCACCAGAUUAUUCCUGAGAUCACCACGUUGCCUUGGUACACCACCUUAGUGCCUUUAGUCCUGGUGUUGGGAAUCACAGCCAUCAAAGACCUGGUGGACGAUCUGGUGAGUGACUCCAUCCUAUCUCUUCCCGCUGGCUGCAUCUCAAUUCUCCAACCUUCUCCCAAAGUGUGCAUUUGUAAACACUCCCCAUCAUGGAUUUAUAAGCAUAGGAUUUGGUGUAAGCGUUGGCGAGAAGUUUUCUUGAAGUAUGCAAAGGGGGGGGAAAAAAAGUGGGAAAAUCAGGACAUGGCCACUGUCCAGACUCUGUUAAUUUCACUCAACCACUGGUGUCCUACGGAUGAGACGGACCAAGAAAAAUGUCUCUUUUUCGUUGAUAGCAUGUGCAGUACACUCCAUUUGUGAAGAGAACAUUGUGGUCCAUUUAUCUAGUGCUGAACCCUGGUUGGUGUUUUCCCUUCCCCUCCAACAGGCCCGCCACAGGAUGGACAACGAGAUCAAUAACAGGAAGUGUGAGGUCCUCCUGGAUGGCAGGUAAUGACUAUGAACCAUAGAGAUGGAUAGAGAUCACUACUUCGAUAUAACCAGUUUUAGCAUGGGCGGCUCCUUGAGGGUUUACACAAUUUUUUUAAAUAGUCAACUGGGGUGCGACUUCCAAUGUUUUUAAGGAAGGAUCACAUAAUUCCGUCCAGGUCAUCAGGAGGGAUCAGCCAAUGAAUUACACUUGUGAGCAAACAUUCCAUAACUGCAGAGGGCAGUAAAUCGGCGACCUUGGCUGUAUACCUUUUCAAACAACACGUUCCAGGUGGCAGUAUGCACCCUUUUCAGUUUGUUUACCAACUCCUAGAAGUAAUAGAAGAAGAAAAUUGACUACGGCGAAAUGGAGAUGACCUCGAUGGCUCUGCCGACCUCUGACCCCAUAAUGGGACAGAUACAAAUAAGCUUUGUCUAUCUUAAGUCUAUGGUCUGAACUUAGAAACUAUAACAGUGUUAUGUCUUUUUCACAGUGUUGUGGGAACAAUGUUCAAUUGAUUAGAUAGGUCAUUAUUGGUGCUGCAGAGUCUGAAUAACAAGGAUUCCAGUAUGUCGAGGGAGCUCACUGAGGUUUAUCUUAGAAUGAUUGAUAGGUGUAAUAUACUGACUUGGGGUACAAGGUAAUACCAUCCAAGAAGGGAGUGCCAACUGAUGGUUAACAGAUGUUGUUGAAGAAACGUGUAAAACAUGAAGUGUAUAAACUAAGAGAUUUCCUUUGUUCAGUGGUUGUGGAUGACGAGGCCAAAGCAUGUGCCGUUUGUUAGACGAACCACGGUACCGUGUCUAUUAACUAUUUGUAUGAACUCUCCAUAUAAGUGUUUUAAGUAUAUUCUUGCAUCCUGAAUUACUUGAUACCCGAGAAACUCAACAUAACAGAUAGUAUUGUGUUCUAUAUCUGUGGGUCUGGAUCUCCGCAGUUCCAUAGUGCAACAGCAUACCAUUUUUUAUGUCUUAAAUAGUUUUUGUUGUAAUGUCUGUGCUAUGCAUCAAGACAAACUUCAUGUUUUGAACAUCUGAAUAGCUGACUGAAACUUUUUUUCCAAACCAGGUUUCAAGUGUCGAAGUGGAUGAAUAUCCAUGUCGGUGAUGUGGUUCGUUUGAAGAAAAAUGAUCACAUCCCGGUAAUGUCACACAUUUUGUUCUCUGGCUAUAAACCAAACCAGCCAUUAUAUAAUUCAGUUACAGUAUUUUGAUCUAUUUGCUUUUCGUUUUCACUCAGGCCGACAUUCUGUUGUUGUCCAGUUCAAACCCCAACAGUCUUUGCUAUGUUGAAACAGCCGAGCUCGACGGGUAAGAUGUUCUCCAAUAAAUGUUUAUUUAUGGUUCUGUCCCAAAUGGUAUUAUAUUCUCCUAUAUAGUGCACUACUUUUUUGACCAGUGCCAUAUGGGCCAUUGGUCAAAAGUAGUGCGCUAUCCCGUAUAGGGAAUACAGUGCCAUUUGGGACACAGACCAGGUCUUAAAACCUUCUUUUUUUUGUGUAAUCUGUAAUUUCAUAUUGCGUUUGUCAGUAACUACCCCUUAGUGACAUGAGAAAUUACGUUGCCAGAACGUGCUUUUGUGUAAACAUUAAAAUGUAGAGGUGAAGUGAGAUAAAAAAGGUUUUGACUUGUCACCGGCUGCUUCAGCCUGUAGAUUAGAUAACUCGUUAGUCAAACAAUACUAUCAAAAGCCCAGCAUGGUUCAGUUAAGGAUCAGGUUAUUGUCCCUGUGUACAAUGUACAGAUGUUGCUGUUUUUAUAUACUGGAUUUGUGCCCGAAAAGUCCACUGAAAUGUCAAUGUACAUUUAUUGUUUUGCAGGGAAACCAAUCUGAAGUUUAAAAUGGGUCUGAAAGUGACAGACGAGAGACUGCAGGAGGAGCGCCAGCUGGCACAGUUUGAUGGUAAUAUACUGCUGUACUAUAAAGUGUGUACUGGCCGCCUUUACUAACCGAUAACGUUAGAUACUGUACAUUUAUUUACUUAUGUGUGGUGGGUCUUAAGAUGAAUGCACUAACUGUAAAUCGCUACAAAAUCAAAUGAUGUAAACUGUAAAUCGCUCUGGAGAAGAGCACCUGCAAAUGACAAAAAUUUAAUAUAAAAUGUGUGUAUUUUGGAGAGGGGGUGGGAGAGAGAAUCCCCAUUCAGCCAUGAUAGUGAGUCACUGUUCCCUUGGUUCUCCAUAGCCAUGAUAGUGUGGGGGUUACGUGUUCCCGUUGUUUCCCCCAUACAGCUUUGAUAGUUGAGAGUCACUGUGUCCCUUGUUUCCCCAUACAGGCAUGAAUAGUGAGGUCACUGUUCCCUUGUUUAUCCCCAUACAGGCAUGAUAGUGAGGGUCACUGUUCCCUUGUUCCCUCCCCCAUACAGGCAUGAUAGUGUGUGGUUACUGUUCCCUUGUUCCACCAGACAGCCAUGAUAGUGAGGCACUGUUUCCUUGUUCCCCCAUACAACAGCCAUGAUGGUUGUGUGUUACUGUUCCCUUGUUUCCCCCAUACCAGGGCAAUGAUAGUGUGUUGGUUACUGUUCCCUUGUUUCCCCAUACACCAUGAUAGUGUGGGUGGUUACCUGUUCCCUUGUUUCCCCCAUACAGCCAGAUAGUGUGUGGUUACUGUUUCCCUUGUUUCCCCAUACAGCCAUGAUAGUGAGGUCACUGUUCCCUUGUUUCCCCAUUCAGCCAUGAUAGUGAGGUCACUGUUCCCUUGUUUCCCCAUUCAGCCAUGAUAGUGAGGUCACUGUUCCCUUGUUUCCCCAUUCAUCCAUGAUAGUGAGGUCACUGUUCCCUUGUUUCCCCAUACAGCCAUGAUAGUGAGGUCACUGUUCCCUUGGUCUCCAUACAGCCAUGAUAGUGAGGUCACUGUUCCCUUGUUUCCCCAUUCAUCCAUGAUAGUGAGGUCACUGUUCCCUUGUUUCCCCAUACAGCCAUGAUAGUGAGGUCACUGUUCCCUUGGUCUCCAUACAGCCAUGAUAGUGAGGUCACUGUUCCCUUGUUUCCCCAUUCAGCCAUGAUAGUGAUGUCACUGUUCCCUUGUUUCCCCAUUCAGCCAUGAUAGUGAGGUCACUGUUCCCUUGUUUCCCCAUUCAGCCAUGAUAGUGUGUGGUUACUGUUCCCUUGUUUCCCCAUACAGCCAUGAUAGUGUGUGGUUACUGUUCCCUUGUUUCCCCAUACAGCCAUGAUAGUGAGGUCACUGUUCCCUUGUUUCCCCAUUCAGCCAUGAUAGUGAUGUCACUGUUCCCUUGUUUCCCCAUUCAGCCAUGAUAGUGAGGUCACUGUUCCCUUGUUUCCCCAUUCAGCCAUGAUAGUGUGUGGUUACUGUUCCCUUGUUUCCCCAUACAGCCAUGAUAGUGUGUGGUUACUGUUCCCUUGUUUCCCCAUACAGCCAUGAUAGUGAGGUCACUGUUUCCCUUGUUUCCCCAUUCAGCCAUGAUAGUGAGGUCACUGUUCCCUUGUUUUCCCAUUCAGCCAUGAUAGUGUGUGGUUACUGUUCCCUUGUUUCCCCAUUCAGCCAUGAUAGUGUGUGGUUACUGUUCCCUUGUUUCCCCCAUACAGCCAUGAUAGUGUGUGGUUACUGUUCCCUUGUUUCCCCCAUACAGGCAUGAUAGUGUGUGGUUACUGUUCCCUUGUUUCCCCAUUCAGCCAUGAUAGUGUGUGGUUACUGUUCCCUUGUUUCCCCAUACAGCCAUGAUAGUGUGUGGUUACUGUUCCCUUGUUUCCCCAUUCAGCCAUGAUAGUGAGGUCACUGUUCCCUUGUUUCCCCAUACAGCCAUGAUAGUGUGUGGUUACUGUUCCCUUGUUCCCCCAUACAGCCAUGAUAGUGAGGUCACUGUUCCCUUGUUUCCCCAUACAGCCAUGAUAGUGAGGUCACUGUUCCCUUGUUUCCCCAUACAGCCAUGAUAGUGAGGUCACUGUUCCCUUGUUUCCCCAUACAGCCAUGAUAGUGAGGUCACUGUUCCCUUGUUUCCCCAUACAGCCAUGAUAGUGUGUGGUCACUGUUCCCUUGUUUCCCCAUACAGCCAUGAUAGUGAGGUCACUGUUCCCUUGUUUCCCCAUUCAGCCAUGAUAGUGAGGUCACUGUUCCCUUGUUUCCCCAUUCAGCCAUGAUAGUGAGGUCACUGUUCCCUUGUUUCCCCAUUCAUCCAUGAUAGUGAGGUCACUGUUCCCUUGUUUCCCCAUACAGCCAUGAUAGUGAGGUCACUGUUCCCUUGGUCUCCAUACAGCCAUGAUAGUGAGGUCACUGUUCCCUUGUUUCCUCCCCAUUCAGCCAUGAUAGUGAGGUCACUGUUCCCUUGUUUUCCCCAUUCAAGCCAUGAUAGUGAGGUCACUGUUCCCUUGUUUCCCCAUUCAGCCAUGAUAGUGUGGUUACUGUUCCCUUGUUUCCCCCAUACAGCCAUGAUAGUGUGUGGUUACUGUUCCCUUGUUUCCCCCAUACAGCCAUGAUAGUGUGGUCACUGUUCCCUUGUUCCCCCAUACAGCCAUGAUAGUGUGUGGUUACUGUUCCCUUGUUUCCCCAUACAGCCAUGAUAGUGUGGUCACUGUUCCCUUGUUCCCCCAUACAGCCAUGAUAGUGUGUGGUUACUGUUCCCUUGUUUCCCCCAUACAGCCAUGAUAGUGUGUGGUUACUGUUCCCUUGUUUCCCCCAUACAGCCAUGAUAGUGUGUGAGGAGCCGAACAACCGUUUGGAUAAGUUCACUGGGACCAUGCGCUGGAGGAAGGACCGGUUCCCUCUGGAUCUGGACAACAUGAUGCUGAGAGGAUGCAGGAUCAGAAACACGGAUGAGUGUCACGGACUGGUCAUCUUCGCAGGUAUAUACCUCACACACACACACACACACACACACACAGCAUUUCACUGUUAGUCCACACCUGUUGGUUACGAAGCAUGUGACGAAUAACUUUUUUGAUUUGACACACCCACCACACACAGACAUCUUUUCAGGUAAAUACGUCACACACCUUUUCAAAUAUUUCACACACCAACAACAUGGGCAUGCAAUAAUGUAAAUAUGCCGUCUUGGACUUCAUCUCAUGCAAAACCCCUUACUCAUCUGUUUGUUGACUGUUUUGAUGUAGGCGCUGACACUAAAAUCAUGAGGAAUGGUGGUAAGACCAGGUUCAAGAGGACUAAAAUCGAUGAAUUGAUGAACUACAUGGUGUACACUGUAAGUGAUAUUAAAUCAUCCACUACACCUCACAAUAUUUCACCCUUUUAUGAAAUUGAGUCUGUUAACAGCCAUUUACAUCAGAGCGCAACGUAUGUUGAACGCUGAAUGAGAGACCUCGGUUUAUUGUUUUUUGUGUAAAGUUGUGACAGUGUUUGCUCGCAAAGCUUGGUUUAUGUAUUUUGUUUUUAUGGGAUUUUGGAUCACAUAACGCAGUUAUUUUCAGUUGCUGUGACUGCUACUGUCUGUCCCGGGAUCCUGCCAGACCAAAAAGUCUGAAGUUGUUUGCCGUAGCUAGCUACUAGCCUAGCUGAUAGCUCUCAGUAUCAAGCUAGCAGGGUUUGUGUGUGCUGUUUUCGUUCACUUAGUUGAGAAUUCCCUGUAAGGAGAGCGACACGGAAACACGGCUAGCCUAGCUAGCCGGCGGUCUCAAAUGGAGGUCGCUAUUGAACGUUUUCAACGCUGCAGGAGCUGUGUUUAUUUUUGCUCUAUUCCUGGACAAUGUGGACCGCCCGGUCUUUCAAUGUAUCCACUGUUUGCUUGCAGAGGACUACAGGGGCGAAGUGGCUACUUUUAGCAAACAAGUUAAUGAAUUUACACAAGCUCCUGGGGGAAUCCUACACAAGCUACUGGUCAAUAUUUAGGUCACCCAGAAAAUAGACCUCUCUAUUGAUAUCGCAUACAUUAUCAAGCAUUUCACACAUUAUGUAGAAACUAAGAGGUCCUAUGUCGAUGUAAAGAAUAUUUGCUGGUGUGUAAUGGGGAGCAUCCAGACACUACACUUGACACAUUUACGAAAUGUCUUACUCCAGUUACUAAUAAGCAUGCACCCAUUAAUAAAAUGACUGAGAACAAAAAUAAGAAACUAUACUAUGAAACAAAGAUAAAUUAUAUAAAGAAUAAUAGUAAAAAGCUUUGGAGCACCUUAAAUGAAAUUUUGGGCAAAAAGGCAAACUCGGCUCCAUCAUUCAUUGAAUCAGAUGGCUCGUUCAUCACAAACCCACUGAUAUUGCCAACUACUUUAAUAAUUUUUUCUUUGGCAAGAUUAUCAAACUCAGGCAUGACAUGCCAGCAACAAACGCUGACACUACACAUUCAAGUAUAACUGACCAAAUUAUGAAAGACAAGCGUUGUAAUUUUGAAUUCUGUAAUGUGAGUGUGGAAGAGGUGAAGCAAUUAUUGUUGUCUAUCAACAAUGACAAGCCACCGGGGUCUGACAACCUGGAUGGAAAAUUACUGUAGAUGAUGGCGAACAAUAUUGCCACUCCCAUUUGCCAUCUCUUCAAUCUAAGCCUACAAAAAAGUGUGUGGCCUCAGGCCUGGAGGGAGGCAAAAGUAAUUCCGCUACCCAAGAAUAGUAAAGCCCCCUUUACUGGCUCAAAUAGCCGACCAAUCAGCCUGUUACCAACCCUUAGUAAACUUUUUAGAAUGCAGAUACAAUGCUAUUUUACAGUAAAUAAAUUAACAGACGUUCAGCACGCUUAUAGGGAAAGGCAUUCAACAUGCACAGCACUUACACAAAUGACUGAUCGGCUGAGAGAAAUUGAUGAUAAAAAGAUUGUGGGGGCUGUUUUGUUAGACUUCAGUGUGGCUUUUGACAUUAUCGAUCAUAGUCUGCUGCUGGAAGAACUUAUAUGUUAUGGCUUUACACCCCCUGCUAUAUUGUGGAUAAAGAGUUUCCUGUCUAACAGAACACAGAGGGUGUUCUUUAAUGGAAGCCUCUCCAACAUAAUCCAGGUACAAUCAGGAAUUCCCCAGGGCAGCUAUGUAGGCCCCUUACUGUUUUCAAUCUUUACUAAUGACAUGCCACUGGCUUUGAGUAAAGCCAGUGUGUCUAUGUAUGUGGAUGACUCAACACUAUACAAGUCAACUACUACAGUGAGUGAAAUCACUGGAACACUUAACAAUGAGCUGCAGUCAGUUUCAGAAUGGGUGGCAAGAAAUACAUUUAUCCUAAAUAUUUCAGAAACUAAAAGCAUUGUGUUUGGGACAAAUCAUUCACUAAAGCCUAAACCUCAACUAAGUCUUGUAAUGAAUAAUGUGGGAGUUGAGCAAGUUGAGGAGACUAAACUGCUUGGAGUAACCCUGGAUUGUAAACGGUUAUGGUCAAAACCAGCGGAGGCUGCUGAGGGGAGAACGGCUCAUAAUAAUGUCUGGAAGGGACCAAAUGGAAUGGCAUCAAACACCUGGACACCAUGUGUUUUUAUGUAUUUAAUACCAUUCCAUUGAUUCCACUCCAGCCAUUACCAUGAGCACGUCCUCCUGUGGUCAAAACAUAUUGAAGCAACAGUAGCUAAAAUGGCGAGAGGUCUGUCCAUAAAGCGCUGCUGUGCCGCCUUAACGACAAUCUCAACAAGGCAGGUCCUACAGGCCCUAGUUUUGUCUCACCUGGACUACUGCCCAGUCGUGUGGUCAGGUGCCACAAAGAGGGACCUCGGAAAAUUACAACUGGCCCAGAACAGGGCAGCACAGCUGGCCCUUAAAUGUACACAUAGAGCUUACAUUGAUAAUAUGCAUGUCAUUCUCUCAUGGCUCGAAGUAGAGGAGAGAUUGACUUAAUCACUACUUGUUUUUGUAAGAAGUGUUGACAUGCUGAAUGCACCGAGGUGUCUGUUUUUUAAACUACUAGCACACAGCUCGGACACUCACGCAUACCCCACAAGACAUGCCACCAGAGGUCUCUUCACAGUCCCCAAGUCCAGAACAGACUAUGGAAGGCACACAGUUCUACAUAGAGCCAUGACUACAUGGAACUCUAUUCCACAUCAAGUGACUCACAGAAGCAGUAAAAUCACAAUAAAAAAAUACACCUUAUGGAACAGCGAGGACACACACCGGUACAAACACACACAUACAAACACACACACACAUACACACAAUAGACAAAUAUACAUGGAUUGUGUGUUGUAGUAGCGGCCGGAGGGCACACUCUUAAUGUAUUGUGAAAUCUGUUGUAAAAUGUAUUUUAAUGUUUAAAAAUUGUAUUAUAAGGUACAUUACUGCCUUAAUUUUUGCUGGACCCCAGGAAGAGUAGCAGCUGCUCCGUAAUAAAUACAAAUAGAGAUGGAAAAAUAGAGCGAGUGGAAACGCUGUCGAAAAGCUGAUUCAAUUCCUUCUCUUCCCCUCUCCAGAUCUUUGUAAUCCUGGUCCUGUUGUGUGCUGGCCUGGCCAUCGGAAACACCUUCUGGUAUGAGGAGGUAGGCAGCAAAGCCUGGUAUCUGAAUGACGGUAAGGACCAGACUGCUUCUUACAGAGGUUUCCUCAGCUUCUGGGGAUACAUCAUCGUGCUCAAUACCAUGGUGCCCAUCUCCCUCUACGUCAGGUGAGUAUAGAAAUAGAAUCAAAGACGCAUUGACUUGAAUAGGGAUACCUGUUCUAAUAAUGAUGUGUCUCUGGGUGAGUCACUCUCAAACCCAGGCAAGUGUUCAGUAGGGCACGUCGUAGCAAAACUUUUUGCAACGGAAAACAGAAAUCGGUGUUCUUAUUGGAACAAGUUUGUGUAGAACUUCGCUGUUUUUAUUCUGUUUCAAAACGUUUUCUGCCUACUGCACACGACCAAGCUCUUUAUUGUACCGUCUACCACCUGCUUUUACAGAGGGCUUUAUUUAGUCAAAGAAUCAGAACUGUCAUAUUAUCUCUUAGUAUCUAGUAUCCUAACACCCAUGUACCUGAGGUAGUAGUAAUAAUAAUAAUAGUGAAUUGAGUCAUGAUGAGAGUAUUUCAGGUCCCCCCUUACAAAAUAGGUUUCUAAUCAAGGGUCUUUCCUGAUUUUUUAAAUAAAGGUUAAAUAUAUUUCCAAUUUCCUCUGUCCAGUGUGGAGGUGAUUCGUUUGGGCCAGUCUAAGUUCAUCAACUGGGACCUUCAGAUGUAUUACCAGGAGAAAGACACCCCAGCCAAGGCCCGCACCACCACCCUCAACGAACAACUGGGUCAGAUCGAAUACAUUUUUUCAGACAAAACCGGUACCCUCACACAGAACAUCAUGGCCUUCAAGAAGUGCACCAUCGCUGGACGCACCUUUGGUAAGACUAAUUGUUUUAUCCUGGCUAUAAUGUAGCCUGGUGUUCCCAGAUCUGAUUGUGCUGUCAUUGUCAAGGUUGUUGUCAUUGCCAAAUGACCAUUUAAGGUCUGGUACCUCAAGUCUUGCUUGAAUGGACAUCAUGGUCAACUCUGCAUUGUUUUGAACUAAACAGAUUUCACCUGUAAACAUUGUUUAGAAGCUUGUGUUAUGACAUGAUUAUUAAUAUAUUUUCAUUUUUCAGGUGACCCUACUAAUUCUGAGGGUGUAACUCUGGAUCGUGGAAGGGUACAUUUGACAAACUGUGUUUUUAUUCAGAUUGACACAUACAGUGCUUCAUCUAUGGCGUUGUCUUGAUGGUUAUUUAUUUCCCCCUGUCCUUCACAGCCAGUGGACUUCACCUGGAACAAGCACGCGGACAGGAAGUUUGAGUACCUGGAUCAUUCCCUGGUGGCCUGCAUCCAGUCCAAGAAGGACAAAAAUGCCCUGGAGUUCUUCAAACUGCUGUCUCUCUGUCACACUGUCAUGGUGGAGCAGAAAGAAGGUGAGACACCUGCAUAGUGUUGAUAGAGGUCAAAGUUCAAUCAACUGCAUAGUGUUGAUAGAGGUCAAAGUUAAAUCAAUAAUUGGCUGAUUUAUUGAUGGUCUGUUCAGAAAUCACUGAUCACACAAUACAGUAUGUGAUAGUCGUGUUAAUUGAACACACCUAGGAAGACUAGGUAGCCUUCCUUUAGAGUACCAUGGUGCUGUGGCCCCAGACUUGAUGUGCGUCUGUUGUCUUCAGAUGAGUUGGUGUACCAGGCAGCCUCUCCUGACGAGGGGGCUCUGGUGACGGCCGCCAGGAACUUUGGUUUUGUGUUCCUGUCCCGUACCCAGGACACCAUCACCAUCAGCGAGAUGGACCAGGAGAUGACCUACGAGAUGCUGGCCCUGCUCGACUUUAACAGCGACCGCAAACGCAUGUCCAUCAUCCGUGAGUGACUGUUUUAAGACGGUGACCAUGGUGUCCCUUCGUGGGUUGUAAAGCUCUGGGAAGUUCUGAGGUUUAUUGGAAGUCCUAGUUGGAGGAUUCCCCCUCUGCUUAUUCCUUGAUGACUUGGAAAUCUUCAAACCGACCUGGAUUUUUGGGACCCAUCUACCUAACAUGCAGUCUUCUCUCUCUCUCUCUGACAGUGAGGUUCCCUGACGGUCGGAUCCGUUUGUACUGCAAAGGAGCGGACACGGUCAUCUACGAACGCCUCUCUCCUAACUCCAGAUACAAGGAAGUGACCCAGACUGCUCUGGACGUAAGUCACUGAUGUCUUUUUAAUAGGCUAUAUGUACUGGAUGGUUUUCAGUCUAUGUAGAGUAGUAUGGGCCAGACUAUGAAGCACUUGUGUGGUUGUAUUUUGAGCUAGGACAUUCUGGACUUUUUUGGUUGGUCACUUUAUUGAAUGAAGCUUGGCUCCAGUAGUUUCACAAUGGUGAAAAUGCACCUUUUUAUAUAUCCACCUGUACCUGUGUAUUCAUUGGUUCUCAUUCAAGUAAUUCCAUCCUGUGCACGUCUGCCAUAUGUGCCAAGAUGUUCAAAUAAACCUAAACCAAAAAAAAAAAACUUCUCUUCCGUUGUAGAUCUUUGCUAACGAGACUCUCCGGACCCUGUGUCUGUGCUAUAAGGACAUCAGCGAGCAGGAGUUUGAUGCCUGGGCCAAGAAGCACAAGGCCGCCAGUGUUGCUAUGGGCAACAGGGAGGCUGCUCUAGACAGAGUGUAUGAACAGAUUGAGAGCAACCUCAUGGUAGGACGCUCUCCCAUUACUGCUACUACAGAUAAUGAUAAUGAGCUAAACAAAUUUGUCAGUUAAAUCUAGGGCCUAUUUUUAAAGGACUGAUUCACUGAAAUCUAUGUCAUAUCUUUUUGGGUAGUAGAAUACGGUGCAUUCUGAAAGUAUUUAGACCACUUGACUUUUUCAACAUCUUGUUACGUUACAGCCUUAUUCUAAAAUGGAUUUAAUUGGUUUUUUUUCCCCUCAUCAAUCUACACACGAUACCCCAUAAUGACAAAACAAAAACAUUUUUUCAGAAAUGUAGGCACAUUUAUUCAAAAUAAAAUAUUAUCACAUUUACAUAAGUAUUCAGACCCUUUACUCAGUACUUUGUUGAAGCACCUUUGGCAGCGAUUACAGCCUCGAGUCUUCUUGGGUAUGACGCUACAAACUUGGCACCACCUGUAGUUGUCGAGUUUCUCCCAUUCUUCUCUGCAGAUACUCUCAAGCUCUGUCAGGUUGGAUGGGGAGCGUCGCUGCACAGCUAUAAUCAGGUCUCUCCAGAGAUGUUCGAUCGGGUUCAAGUCCGGGCUCUGGCUGGGCCACUCAAGGACAUUCAGAGACUUGUCCCGAAGCCACUCCUGCGUUGUCUUGGCUGUGUGCUUAGGGUCGUUGUCCUGUUGGAAGGUGAACCUUCGACUACCUAGACCUCUAUCAUCACUAUGCAUAGUGAUUGAGCUUUGACCUCUAACAUCACUAUGCAGUACUUUGCUCCGUUCAUCUUUCCCUUGAUCCUGACUAGUCUCCCAGUCCCUGCCGCUGAAAAACAUCCCCACAGCAUGAUGCUGCAACCAUCAUGCUUCACUGUAGGGAUGGUGCCAGGUUUCCUCCAGAUGUGAUGCUUUGCAUUCAGGCCAAAGGGUUCAAUCUUGGUUUCAUCAGACCAGAGAAUCUUGUUUUUCAUGGUCAGUCCUUUAGGUGCCUUUUGGCAAACUCCAAGCGGGCUGUCAUGUGCCUUUUACUGAGGAGUGGCUUCCGUCUGGGCACUCUACCAUAAAGGCCUGAUUUGGUGGAGUGUUGCAGAGAUGGUUGUCCUUCUGGAAGCUUCGCCCAUCUCCACAGAGGAACUCUGGAGCUCUGUCAGAGUGACCAUCGGGUUCUUGGUCACCUCCCUGACCAUGGUCCUUCUCCCCCGAUUGCUCAGUUUGGCUGGGCAGCCAGCUCUAGGAAGAGUCUUGGUGUUUCCAAACUUCUUCCAUUUAAGAAUAAUGGAGGACACUGUUCUUGGGGACCUUCAAUGCUGCAGACAUUUUUUGGUACCCUUCCCCAGAUCUCUACCUGGACACAAUCCUGUCUCUGAGCUCUACGGACAAUUCAUUUGACCUAAUUGCUUGGUUUUUGCUCUGACAUGCACUGUCAACUGUGGGACCUUAUAUAGACAGGUGUGUGCCUUUUACAAAUCAUGUCCAAUCAAUUGAAUUGACCACAGGUGGACUCCAAUCAAGUUGUAGGAACAUCUUAAGGAUGAUCAAUGGAAACAGGAUGCACCUGAGCUCAAUUUCGAGUCUCAUAGCAAAGGGUCUGAAUACUUAUGUAAAUGUGAUAUUUCGUUUAUUUUAUUAUUUUUAUAAAUUAGCAAAAAAAUCUAAACCUGUUUUUGCUUUGUCAUUAUGGAGUAUUGUGUGUAGAUUGAGAUUAUUAAAAAAUUAUAUAUACAUUUUAGAAUAAGGCUGUAACAUAAUGUGGAAAAAGGGAAGGGGUCUGAAUACUUUCCGAAUGCACUGUAUAUUCUACAAGUUCCAAUAGUUAUUUUUGACAUACAUGCUGUUCAGAGCUUUGGCUCGCCCAAAAGUUGCUGAUUCCUUCUACUCUUUUUAAAAGAGACACGUUAGCGUUGUUUUGUCCUGAUCUGCAGAUGAUUGGAGCGACUGCCAUCGAGGACAAGCUACAGGACGGGGUUCCUGAGACCAUCGCCAAGCUGGCAAAGGCUGACAUCAAGAUCUGGGUUCUCACUGGAGAUAAGAAAGGUAUGAGAGAAAAGACGGAAAAAGAGAGUAAAGAGAAGAGGUAUGUUCUCAGGGGCGGCGUCUCCGUGAUGGCCAGCCUCUGUGGUGGGAGAGCAUCUGGAAUGUUCAUCUCUAUGCAACCAGAGACUGGGGUUCCCUAGAUAGUGGCCAGGGCUCAUAGUAAUGCACCUUAGGGUGCCAUGUUUAUCUCCCAACAAUGUUUUACUGUUGAUUUUAAGUGUUGCGAUCAAACCUUCUCUUGUGCUGCUACUUCACUGAGUCUGCAGCUUGAUGGAUUAAAUGUGUAUUGAUGUCUGGGAUGGAAAGAAACAUGGAGACAUUUCCUCCCUUGCAGAAACGGCUGAGAACAUUGGCUAUUCCUGUGAGUUGCUUACCGAUGACAUGCAGGUCCACUAUGGGGAGGAUGUCAAGUAGGUUUGGUUUUCAAUAAUACUUAUAUCCUCUGGGAUCAAAUAUACAUCGUGUUGAUAUACAGUGUGUUAUUUUUAACCCCCAAAUGAAAUCAUUCUGUGUUUGUGACAGUGAGAAGCUGCGGAUCAGACAGGCAAACAGAAGGGACCAGCCGCCUGCUUUCGGUCGGACCAGGAAGAAGGUACCGGAUCCGUUCUUCCCCGAGCCUGGCAGGAACGCCCUCAUCAUCACUGGAGGCUGGCUGGUGAGUGUAGGAGCCGACUGCAUCAUAGUUGGUCUUACUAUUCAACUUAGGGCUGUCCCCGACUGAAAACAAAUCUUGGUCGUCCGAAAGUCGUGUAUUUUUCCAUAUAUAGACACACCGUAUGUGUUUGAGUAAAAUCAACUAUAUGCAUUGAGCUUGUCUGACGCUUUAAGCGCACUGUUUGAUGAAAUAAGACAGUGACUCAAGAGGGAGCCAGAGAUCAAGAUAACACUAAUAAAAUAAAAUAAACUGUACUUGACCCGACCAUCCGCUUCUCCCGCUCCUGUUGGCCUUCUGUGUUACUCUGGAAGGUACCGGUAAUAGGCUACACGAGGGGUCGGCAAACCUUUUUCAUGUGGAAUGCCAAUUUAUCUCACCAUUUAUACCAAUCUGCGUGCCAGUUAUGGUUUUCAUAUGCACAUUUUCGUGGAACAGUUUCAUUUAAUUUAUAAUAACAUAAUGUCUCAAAAUCAUUGUCAUGUUGUUAAUCAAAAUUCUAUCAAAAUGAAAAUACAAAUCUAAAAACGUACUUCUAUUACCAUUGCCAACUAUGUAAAAAUAGCCUACAUAAAGCCAACAAAUAAAAACAUUGCAGGUAGAAAAUAUCCUGAUUUAAAAAUAAACAUCCUAUAAAUCACAUUGGCUACGCAUGGCCUGCCUGCAACAAACUUGAAACAUUGCAUCAACUAUCACCAGAAGCUCACGCUAGCAACAUUGUAUAAAAUAUUCUGGGCCCUCUGAGUUUCCCGUGCCAGAGAGCUCCAGACAUUUUUACAUUUACGUCAUUUAGCAGAUGCUCUUAUCCAGAGUGACCUACACAUUGGUGCAUUCACCUUUAUAGCCAGUGGGAUAACCACUUUACAAUAUUUUUAUUUUUAUGGGGGUGUGGGGUAGGGGGGGGGGGUAGAAGGAUUACUUUAUCCUAUCCCAGGUAUUCCUUAAAGAGGUGGGGUUUCAAGUGUCUCCGGAAGGUGGUGAGUGACUCAGCUGUCCUGGCGUCGUGAGGGAGAUUGUUCCACCAUUGGGGUGCCAGAGCAGCGAACAGUUUUGACUGGGCUGAGCGGGAACUGUGCUUCCGCAGAGGUAGGGGGGCCAGCAGGCCAGAGAUGGAUGAACGCAAUGCCCUCGUUUGGGUGUAGGGACUGAUCAGAGCCUGAAGGUACGGAGGUGCCGUUCCCCUCACAGCUCCGUAGGCAAGCACCAUGGUCUUGUAGCAGAUGCGAGCUUCAACUGGAAGCCAGUGUAGUGUGCGGAGGAGCGGGGUGACGUGAGAGAACUUGGGAAGGUUGAACACCAGACGGGCUGCGGCGUUCUGGAUGAGUUGUAGGGGUUUAAUGGCACAGGCAGGGAGCCCAGCCAACAGCGAGUUGCAGUAAUCCAGACGGGAGAUGACAAGUGCCUGGAUUAGGACCUGUGCCGCUUCCUGUGUAAGGCAGGGUCAUACUCUACGAAUGUUGUAGAGCAUGAACCUACAGGAUCGGGUCACCGCCUUGAUGUUAGCGGAGAACGACAGGGUGUUGUCCAGGGUCAUGCCAAGGCUCUUUGCACUCUGGGAGGAGGACACAACGGAGUUGUCAACCGUGAUGGCCAGAUCAUGGAACGGGCAGUCCUUCCCCGGGAGGAAGAGCAGCUCCGUCUUGCGGAGGUUCAGCUUGAGGUGGUGAUCCGUCAUCCACACUAUGUCUGCCAGACAUGCAGAGAUGCGAUUCGCCACCUGGUUAUCAGAAGGGAGAAAGACAGAUACAUCUUUAGGCUAUUUGUGCAGGGAUAAGAGGUAAUCAGGUAGGCCUAUUUUAUGACGUUUCCACUGGAUCAGAGCAUUACAUUUUUCCCAAAUGAAGGAGAGCUGGAAAGAUUUUUCAAAUACAUUGAGGAACUAUUGUCAUUCUCAAUGGAUGUAAAAUCAAACUUUGUUUGCUUGGUGUUUUGAGGUGAAGAAAACAACAUUACUUUGCGAAGCUCCACAGUUCAUUAGUGGUGGUUAGUUAAGACAAUCAGAAAUACUAUCAGAUCCCCAAAUGGGCACAUUGACGAGCAGGCCAGGUAUCUACUUCAAUGCGUGACAGGAGCGCUCCAAACAAAAGACGAUGAAUAAAUUGACAAAACUCAUAAAUGGGAUGGAAUGAACCAAAACGUGUUUCUCACAAGUAUAGCAUAGGUUGUGUGCUCUGCAAACAACGUGUCCACUCUGACAACGAGAAUGGUAAAAGACUGUAAUAAUAUAUUUAAUGUAUUAACAGAAAUGACCGUAACCAAAAUAACAUUGUAGAUUCAAAAUUAUGGGAAAUAACGGUAAGUGUACUGGUGAUAUAUGUAAUGGAGGAAUUGAUAGACGCUAACAAUCAAAUGCAAAAAAAUUCACACAAUGACGUUAUGAAACAAAUGUGCACAAAUUGGCAGGAGGGAGAGCAUUCUGGAGAGAGAAGUGCAUUGUGCAUCUUAGCCACACACCUUCUUCCUGGACUGUGCCAUUCUGGAAUUUUCCAAGCUGUUUAAAGGCACAGUCAACUUAGUGUAUGUAAACUUCUGACCCACUGGAAUUGUGAUAGUGAAUUAUAAGUGAAAUAAUCUGUCUGUAAACAAUUGUUACUUAAAAUUACUUGUGGCAUGCACAACAUAGAUGUCCUAACCGACUUGCCAAAACUAUAGUUUGUUAACAAGAAAUGUGUGGAGUGGUUGAAAAACGAGUUUUAAUGGAGGCCACAAUGGAUUAGUCCACUGAGACAGGCGCGAAUCAGACAUGUCUCGUGUGCCAUAAAAAAAAGAUAUACAGUUGAAGUCGGAAGUUUACGUACACUUAGGUUGGAAUCAUUAAAACUCGUUUUUCAACCACUCCACACAUUUCUUGUUAACAAACUAUAGUUUUGGCAAGUCGGUUAGGACAUCUAUGUUGUGCAUGCCACAAGUAAUUUUAAGUAACAAUUGUUUACAGACAGAUUAUUUCACUUAUAAUUCACUAUCACAAUUCCAGUGGGUCAGAAGUUUCCAUACACUAAGUUGACUGUGCCUUUAAACAGCUUGGAAAAUUCCAAAAAAUUAUGUCAUGGCUUUAGAAGCUUCUGAUAGGCUAAUUGACAUCAUUUGAGUCAAUUGGAGGUGUACCUGUGGAUGUAUUUCAAGGCCUACCUUAAACUCAGUGCCUCUUUGCUUGACAUCAUGGGAUUUUUUUUUUUUUGUAGACCUCCACAAGUCUAGUUUCCAAACGCCUGAAGGUACCACGUUCAUCUGUACAAACAAUAGUACGCAAGUAUAAACACCAUGGGACCACGCAGCCGUCAUACGUACUUUGGUGCGAAAAGUGAAAAUCUAUCCCAGAACAACAGCAAAGGACCUGGUGAAGAUGCUGGAGGAAACGGAUACAAAAGUAUCUAUAUCCACAGUAAAACGAGUCCUAUAUCGACAUAACCUGCAAGGCCGCUCAGCAAGGAAGAAGCCACUGCUCUAAAACCGCCAUAAAAAAGCCAGUCUACGGUUUGCAACUGCACAUGGGGACGAAGAUCGUACUUUUUGGAGAAAUGUCCUCUGGUCUGAUGAAACAAAAAUAUAACUGUUUGGCCAUAAUGACCAUCGUUAUGUUUGGAGGAAAAAGGGGGUACCUUGCAAGCCGAAGAACAACAUCCCAACCGUGAAGCACGGGGAUGGCAGCAUCAUGCUUUGGGGGUGCUUUGCUGCAGGAGGGACUGGUGCACUUCACAAAAUAGAUGGCAUCAUGAGGAAGGAAAAUUAUGUGGUCCUCUGUAGCUCAGCUGGUAGAGCACGGCGCUUGUAACGCCAAGGUAGUGGGUUUGAUCCCCGGGACCACCCAUACACAAAAAAAAUAAAAAAUGUACGCACGCAUGACUGUAAGUCGCUUUGGAUAAAAGCGUCUGCUAAAUGGCAUAUUAUAUUAUGUGGAUAUAUUGAAGCAACAUCUCAAGACAUCAGUCAAGAAGUUAAAGCUUGGUCGCAAAUGGGUCUUCCAAAUGGACAAUGACCCCAAGCAUACUUCCAAAGUUGUGGCAAAAUGGCUUAAGGACAACAAAGUCAAGGUAUUGGAGUGGCCAUCACAAAGCCCUGACCUCAAUCCUAUAGAACAUUUGUGGGCAGGACUGAAAAAGCGUGUGCGAGCAAGGAGGUCUACAAACCUGACUCAGUUACACCAGCUCUGUCAGGAGGAAUGGGCCAAAAUUCACCCAACUUAUUGUGGGAAGCUUGUGGAAGGCUAUCCGAAACGUUUGACCCAUGUUAAACCAUUUAAAGGCAAUGCUACCAAAUACUAAUUGAAUGUAAAUUUCUGACCCACUAGGAAUGUGAUGAAAGAAAUAAAAGCUGAAAUAAAUCAUUCUCUCUACUAUUAUUCUGACAUUUCACAUUCUUAAAAUAAAGUGGUGAUCCUAACUGACCUAAAACAGGAAAUGUUUACUAGGAUUAAAUGUCAGGAAUUGUGAAAAACUGGGUUUAAAUGUAUUUCGCUAAGUUGUAUGUAAACUUACAUUUUAGAUUUUAGUCAUUUAGCAGACGCUCUUAUCCAGAGCGACUUACAGUUAGUGAGUGCAUACAUUUUUCAUACUGGCCCCCCGUGGGAACCUCCGACUUCAACUGUACAGUACCAGUAAAAAGUUUGGACCCACCUACUCAUUCCAGGGUUUUUCUUAAUUUUUACUAUUUUCUACAUUGUAGAAGAAUAGUGAAGACAUCAAAACUAUGAAAUAACACACAUGGAAUCAUGUAGUAACCCAAAAAGUGUUAAACAAAUCUAAAUAUAUUUUAGAUUUUAGAUUCUUCAAUGUAGCCACCCUUUGCCUUGAUGACAGCUUUGCACACUCUUGGAAUUCUGUCAACCAGCUUCUUGAGGAAUGCUUUUCCAACAGCCUUGAAGGAGUUCCCACAUAUGCUGAGUACUUGUUGGCUGCUUUUCCUUCACUCUGCGGUCCAACUCAUCCCAAACCAUCUCAAUUGGGUUGAGGUUGGGGGAUUGUGGAGGCCAGGUCAUCUGAUGCAGCACUCCAUCACUCUCCUUCUUGGUCAAAUAGCCCUUACACAGCCUGGAGGUGUGUUGGGUCAUUGUCCUGUUGAAAAACAAAUUAUAGUCCCACUAAGCCCAAACCAGAUGGGAUGGCGUAUCGCUGCAGAAUGCUGUGGUAGCCAUGCUGGUCAAGUGUGCCUUGAAUUCUAAAUAAAUCACUGACAGUGUCACCAGCAAAGCAUCAUCACACCACCUCCUCCAUGCUUCACGGUGGGAACCACACAUGCAGAGAUCAUCCGUUCACCUACUCUGCGUCUCACAGACACGACGGUUGGAAUCAAAAUCUCAAAUUUGGACUCAUCAGACCAAAGAAAAGAUUUUCCACUGGUCUAAUGUCCAUUGCUUGUGUUUCUUGGCCCAAGCAAGUCUCUUCUUAUUAUUGGUGUCCUUUAGUAGUGGUUUCUUUGCAGGAAUUCGACCAUGAAGGCCUGAUUCACGCAGUCUCCUCUGAACAGUUGCUGUUGAGAUGUCUGUUACUUGAACUCUGUGAAGCAUUUAUUUGGGCUGCAAUUUCUGAGGCUGGUAACUCUAAUUAACUUAUCCUCUGCAGCAGAGGUAACUCUGUGUCUUCCUUUCCUGUGGCGGUCCUCAUGAGAGCCAGUUUCAUCAUAGCGCUUGAUGGUUUUUGCGACUGCACUUGAAGAAACUUCCAAAGUUCUUGACAUUUUCCGGAUUGACUGACCUUCAUGUCUUAAAGUAAUGAUGGACUGUCGUUUCUCUUUGCUUAUUUGAGCUGUUCUUGUCAUAAUAUGGACUUGGUCUUUGACCAAAUAGGGCUAGCUUCGAAUUGAGGGACAUCAAGAUUGUUUUCUAAAUGUGCAUGUUUUUCUCUCUCUCAGAAUUUAAGGGCUUUAUUGGCACGUACAUUGCCAAAGCAAGUGAAAUAGAUAACAAACAAAAGUGAAAUAAACAAUAAAUUAACAUUAAACAUUACACUCAGAAGUUCCAAAAUAAUAAAAACAUUUCAAAUGUCAUAUUAUGUCUAUAUUCAGUGUUAUAAUGAUGUGCAGUACAAAAAGGAAAAUAAAUAAACAUAAAUAUGGAUUGUAUUUACAAUGGUGUUUGUUCUUCACUGGUUGCCCUUUUCUUGUGGCAACAGGUCACACAUCUUGCUGCUGUGAUUGCACACUGGUAUUUCACCCAAUAGAUAUGGAAGUUUAUCCAAAAUAGACUUGUUUUCGAAUUCUUUGUGGGUCUGUGUAAUCUGAGGGAAGUAUGUGUCUCUAAUAUGGUCAUACAUUUGGCAGGAAGUUAGGAAGUGCAGCUCAGUUUCUACCUCAUUUUGUGGGCAGUGUGCACAUAGCCUGUCUUCUCUUGAGAGCCAGGUCUGCCUACGGCGGCCUUUCUCAAUAGCAAGGCUAUGCUCACUGAGUCUGUACAUAGUCAAAGCUUUCCUUAAUUUUGGGUCAGUCACAGUGGUCAGGUAUUCUGCCACUGUGUACUCUCUGUUUAGGGCCAAAUAGCAUUCUAGUUUGCUCAGUUUAUUAGUAAAUUCUUUCCAAUAUGGGAAGUAAUUCUCUUUUUGUUUUCUCAUGAUUUGGUUGGGUCUAAUUGUGUUGCUGUCCUGGGGCUCUGUGGGGUCUGUUUGUGAACUGAGCCCCAGGACCAGCUUGCUUAGGGGACUCUUCUCCAGGUUCAUCUCUCUGUAGGUGAUGGCUUUGUUAUGGAAGGUUUGGGAAUCGCUUCCUUUUAUGUGGUUGUAGAAUUUAACGGCUCUUUUCUGGAUUUUGAUAAUUAGCGGGUAUCGGCCUAAUUCUGCUCUGCAUGCAUUAUUUGGUGUUUUACGUUGUACACUGAGGAUAUUUUUGCAGAAUUCUGCAUGCAGUCUCAAUAUAGUGUUUGUCCCAUUUCGUGAAUUAUUGUUUGGUGAGCGGACCCCAGACCUCACAACCAUAAAGGGCAAUGGGUUCUAUAACUGAUUCAAGUAUUUUUUAGCCAGAUCCUAAUUGGUAUGUCAAAUUUUAUGUUCCUUUUUGAUGGCAUAGAAGGCCCUUCUUGCCUUGUCUCUCAGAUUGUUCACAGCUUUGUGGAAGUUACCUGUGGCGCUGAUGUUUAGGCCGAGGUAUGUAUAGUUUUUUGUGUGCUCUAGGGCAACGGUGUCUAGAUGGAAUUUGUAUUUGUGGUCAUGGCAACUGGACCUUUUUUGGAACACCAUUAUUUUUGUCUUACUGAGAUUUACUGUCAGGGCCCAGGUCUGACAGAAUCUGUGCAGAAGAUCUAGGUGCUGCUGUAGGCCCUCCUUGGUUGGUGACAGAAGCACCAGAUCAUCAGCAAACAGUAGACAUUUGACUUCAGAUUCUAGUAGGGUGAGGCAGGGUGCUGCAAACUGUUCUAGUGCCCUCGCCAAUUCAUUUAUAUAUAUGUUGUAGAGUGUGUGGCUUACGCUGCAUCCCUGUCUCGCCCCACGGCCCUGUGGAAAUAAAUUUUUGCCAAUUUUAACCGCACACUUGUUGUUUGUGUUCAUGGAUUUUAUAAUGUCGUAUGUUUUUCCCCCAACACCACUUUCCAUCAAUUUGGAUAGGAGACCCUCAUGCCAAAUUGAGUCAAGCUUUUUUGAAAUCAACAAAGCAUGAAGAGACUUUUGCCUUUGUUUUGGUUUGUUUGUCAAUUAGGGUGUGCAGGGUGAAUACGUGGUCUGUCGUACAGUAAUUUGGUAAAAAGCCAAUUUGACAUUUGCUCAGUACAUUGUUUUCACUGAGGAAAUAAACUAGUCUGCUGUUAAUGAUAAUGCAGAGGAUUUUCCCAAGGUUGCUGUUGACGCAGAUCCCGUGGUAGUUAUUGGGUUGGAGGGUUUGUAUUUUGUCCUGUAGUUCAUUCAAUGUAAUUGGAGAAUCCAGUGGGUUCUGGUAGUCUUUAACAGUUGAUUCUAAGAUUUGUAUUUGAUCGUUUUUGCUGUUUGUUCUUUGUUAUAGGGCCAAAAAGAUUGGAUAAGUGGUUUACCCAUACAUCUCCAUUUUGGAUAGAUAACUCUUCGUGUUGUUUGUUUAGUGUUUUCCAAUUUUCCCAGAAGUGGUUAGAGUCUAUGGAUUCUUCAAUUGCAUUGAGCUGAUUUCUGACGUGCUGUUCCUUCUUUUUCCGUAGGGUAUUUCUGUAUUGUUUUAUUGAUUCACUAGAGUGAAGGCGUAGGCUCAGGAUUUCUUGGUGUCUGUUUUUGGUUGGAUAGGUUUCUCAAUUUCUUUCUUAGGUUUUUGCAUUCUUCAUCAAACCAUAUGUCAUUGUUGUUAAUUUUCUUUGGUUUUCUGUUAGACAUCUUUAGAUUUGAUAGGGAAGCUGAGAGGUCAAAUAUACUGUUUUAGGUUUUCUACUGCUAGGUUUACACCUUCACUAUUACAGUGAAACGUUUUGUCCAGGAAGUUGUCUGAAAGGGAUUGAAUUUGUUGUUGCCUAAUUGUUUUAUUGGUAAGUUUAUACGCUACUUUCCUUUCAUCUAUAGCAUAUCUUAAUAUUAUUCAGUUCAUUUGGCUUUGAUGCGUCAUGAUUGAGUAUUGCUCUGUUCAAGUAGACUGUGAUCUUGCUGUGGUCUGAUAGGGGUGUCAGUGGCCUGACUGUGAACGCUCUGAGAGACUCUGGGUUGAGGUCAGUGAUAAAGUAGUCUACAGUACUACUGCCAAGAGAUGAGCUAUAGGUGUACCUACCAUAGGAGUCUCCUCGAAGCCUACCAUUGACUAUGUACAUACCCAGAGUGUCUCUCUCUCUCUCUCUGUCUCUCUCUGUCUCUCUCUGCACAGAACGAGAUCUUAUACGAGAAGAAAAAGAAGCGUCGCCGUCUUCGAUUGAAGCGGCUUGGUAAGAGACCUGCCUCCACCACGCCCCUGGAUGCCGCCCAGCCAAUUGAUGACUGGGAGAAGGAGACUCGUCAGGUGGACUUUGUGAACAUGGCGUGCGAGUGCGAAGCGGUCAUCUGCUGCCGUGUCACGCCCAAACAGAAGGCCAACGUGGUCAGUCUGGUGAAGAAAUACAAGAAGGCCGUCACGCUGUCCAUCGGAGACGGAGCCAACGACGUCAACAUGAUCAAGAGUACGGAAGGAUAUUUAUUUGAUUUUACUUUAAAUUAUUAAUAAUUUAUUAGUAAUUGUUAAAGCUAGAAUCCUUAAUUGAAAAAAAAUUACAAAGCUGUAUUUUUUUUAUUCAUAGACUGCUGUGGAUGCAAAUGACUGAUAUCAAAAUGAUAGUUUUAACCAUGGUUUUGAGGCUAUCCUCUGUAGCUCAGCUGUGUUUGAGGCUAUCCUCUGUAGCUCAGCUGUGUUUGAGGCUAUCCUCUGUAGCUCAGCUGUGUUUGAGGCUAUCCUCUGUAGCUCAGCUGUGUUUGAGGCUAUCCUCUGUAGCUCAGCUGUGUUUGAGGCUAUCCUCUGUAGCUCAGCUGGUAGAGCACGGCGCUUGUAACGCUAAGGUAGUGGGUACGAUCCCCGGGACCACCCAUACACAAAAAAUAAUGUAUGCACGCAUGACUGUAAGUCGCUUUGGAUAAAGGCGUUUGCUAAAUGGCUUAUUAUAUUAUUAUUAUUUAUUUACAUUGUUUACAAACAUUGGAGUAAAACAAGCUAAUAUUCUGGGUUCUGAUGGGACUGUUGAACUAAGAUCAUGAGGCAUUUAUAAGUUAUAUUCUUCAAGAAUCAAUACGUGUACAGUAUAUCAUUAAUUUGAUGUAGCAACUAAAAGAUUCUAGCUUUAAAGAUGAAUUUGAUUUUCACCACACAGGUUAAUUACCAUAGGGUUAGAACUUUAUUACCUUGAAAUUAAUAUUGAUAGCUGUUAUACUCUUGACCCCAUUUUACUUCAAACUAAAUGUAUACUUAUGUGAUGUUUGAGAUCGAUUCUGCGCCUCGCCCUGCUCAAAUGGAUCCCCUACACCAGGGUUUCCCAAAGUCGGUCCUGGGCCCCCCCGGUUUUUUGCCCUAGCACUACACAGCUAAUUCAAAUAAUCAAAGCUUGAUGAUGAAUUGGUUCUUUGAAUCAGCUGUGUAGUGCUAGGACAAAAACCAAAAUGUGCACCAUUACUGACUUUCUCUCUCACCCUUUCUCACUCUAUCUAUACUUCUCCCUGUCUCUCGCUGUCUCUCUCUCUCUCUCUCUCUCUCUCUCUCUCGCCCAGUUCAAUUACAUUUGAAUUCAAUAGACUAUUGACAUGGCAAGUUAAAUCACUUACGUUGUCCAAGUACAUAACAACAAUGGUGGGACUAACAGUAAUAUUUAAAAGUAAUAGUUAUAAUGAUAAUGUCUCUCCCUCCACCUCCACCUUCUCUCGCUCCAGCUGCAGACAUCGGUGUGGGUAUAUCCGGGCAGGAGGGCAUGCAGGCGGUGAUGUCCAGUGACUAUGCCUUUGCUCAGUUCCGCUACCUGGAGCGUCUCCUGCUGGUGCACGGCCGCUGGUCCUACAUCCGCAUGUGCAAGUUCCUCCGCUUCUUCUUCUUCAAGAACUUUGCCUUCACCCUGGUCCACUUCUGGUACUCCUUCUUCAGUGGGUUCUCAGCUCAGGUGAGGGAAUGUUCUAGAGGUAGGGUGUGCACCAAAUGGAAACUUGUUUCCUAUAUCAGGGCUGGCAAAUCCUGUUCCUGGGGAUCUGCCCUCCUGUAGGUUUUCACUCCAACCCCAGUUGUAACUAACCUGAUGUAGCUUAGCAGCCAGCUAAUUAAUAUAAUCAGGUAUGUUAGUGUUGAAGUGACUGUAGGUCUCCAGGAAUGGGGUUGGGCAGCCCUGCCCUACAUAGUGCCCUGUGGGAAAAAAUCAAAAGUAGUGCACUAAAGGGGGAACGGAGUGCACUAAAGGGGGAACGGAGUGCACUAAAGGGGGAACGGAGUGCACUAAAGGGGGAACGGAGUGCACUAAAGGGGGAACGGAGUGCACUAAAGGGGGAACGGAGUGCACUAAAGGGGGAACGGAGUGCACUAAAGGGGGAACGGAGUGCACUAAAGGGGGAACGGAGUGCACUAAAGGGGGAACGGAGUGCACUAAAGGGGGAACGGAGUGCACUAGGAUAAAAUAACAUGUUAUUUAUCGCUUUGUAGACAACCGGUGUGGACUAGCAGUGAAAUGCUUACUUACGGGUCCUUUUCUAACAAUACGGAGUUAAAGAUGAGAAUAUAUAUAUAUAUAUAUACACACACACACAGUGAAUAACAAUAACGAGUAAAAACAACAUGGCUAUAUAUAGGGAGUAGAAAGUAACACGGCUAUAAACAGGAAGUAGAAAGUAACAUGGCUAUAAACAGGAAGUAGAAAGUAACAUGGCUAUAUACAGGAAGUAGAAAGUAACAUGGCUAUAAACAGGAAGUAGAAAGUAACAUGGCUAUAUACAGGGAGUAGAAAGUAACAUGGCUAUAUAUAGGGAGUAGAAAGUAACAUGGCUGUAUAUAGGGAGUAGAAAAUAACAUGGCUAUAUACAGGAAGUAGAAAGUAACGUGGCUAUAAACCGGAAGUAGAAAGUAACGUGGCUAUAUACAGGAAGUAGAAAGUAACGUGGCUAUAAACAGGAAGUAGAAAGUAACGUGGCUAUAAACAGGAAGUAGAAAGUAACGUGGCUAUAAACAGGGAGUAGAAAGUAACGUGGCUAUAUACAGGGAGUAGAAAGUAACGUGGCUAUAUACAGGAAGUAGAAAGUAACGUGGCUAUAAACAGGGAGUAGAAAGUAACGUGGCUAUUGUUGAUAAUCACAAGUUUACUGGAGAACUGAGACCAAGUAGAGACUUUGGACAGGGUGGAUAAUGGUAUAAUAUAAGGCAGUUUAUUCAGAGGUAAAGAUAUCUGGAAUCGCGUGCACGGACCCGUUCGUCAAUCUCGUAGGGAGAUAUCUGAGAGAGCCCCGAAACAUUGUGUGCUGACAUUUUAUACAAUAAAAUGAAGUAGGUUGAAUCUAGUAUUUCUGAUCUUCUGAUUGGUCCUGAUGAGUUGGGCGAGGUCCCCUCCAGGUUAUUAUCACUGUUGCAUUGGCUCUGAGUCGGGUUCUCUGUCUUCAGAUGUUCAGCCUAAGAGAAGGGGAUUUUUGUGUGUGUGUGUGUGUGUGUGUGUGUGUGUGUUUAUCAGUGAUGGUGUGUGUGUGUGUGUGGGUGUGUGUGUGUGUCCUCAGAGCAAGAACUCGUGAGUUGGAAGAACUGAGAGACCUAUGGCGUGGGUGUUGUCCUUAGCCACCUGCUGACAAGGCUGACAAGAUAGGACUCUUUUGUCCAUUGUAUUGAAAACAAACGCCCAACACAAAAUGGGUCAUGCACAAGAUUUUAGUCAGACCAAGCUAUAACAUUAUAUAUUUACUACGACACUAUAUACAGGGAGUAGAAAGUAACGUGGCUAUAUACAGGAAGUAGAAAGUAACGUGGCUAUAAACAGGAAGUAGAAAGUAACGUGGCUAUAAACCGGAAGUAGAAAGUAACGUGGCUAUAUACAGGAAGUAGAAAGUAACGUGGCUAUAAACAGGAAGUAGAAAGUAACGUGGCUAUAAACAGGAAGUAGAAAGUAACGUGGCUAUAAACAGGAAGUAGAAAGUAACGUGGCUAUAAACAGGGAGUAGAAAGUAACGUGGCUAUAUACAGGGAGUAGAAAGUAACGUGGCUAUAUACAGGGAGUAGAAAGUAACGUGGCUAUAAACAGGAAGUAGAAAGUAACAUGGCUAUAUACAGGGAGUAGAAAGUAACGUGGCUAUAUACGGAGUACCAGUACCGAGUCGAUGUGCAGGGGUACAUGGUAUUUGAGGUAGCCAUGUACAUAUAGGUAGAGGUGAAGUGACUAGGCAGCAGGAUGGAUAACAGACAGUAGCAGUCUCGCUGCUUGUCUAAACUGCAUUUUCACGUAUUCAUUGACCACUUAUCUAGACUGACUUCAAAAAACCCCAAUUACUUUUGUACCUUUCCAUAACAUCUACUAUGGUAAAGAUCAUUUAUCCUAAAUGUGGACAUGUAUUUGAUGACAGAAGAAUGAAUUAUAUUAUUUUAUUUAUGAGUUUUUGUUAACUCUCCAGGUUGCCUAUGAAGACUGGUUCAUUACUUUGUACAACGUGAUGUACAGCUCCCUUCCUGUCCUGUUGGUUGGCUUGUUGGAUCAGGUAAGCUUUAAUAUUGACGCACUGGCGAUGGUCUGACGUCCAAAACAUUUGUCUUGGUGUUAUUACCUCUUAUUAAAAUGAAUAUAUAGCAUAAAAUAACAUAGUUACAAUUUUGAAUUUGUUCUCUACGUAUUUUUAAUGGUGAACAUUGAAUCAAAAUCCUUUGUUGUUUCAUCACUCAAUGACUCAUAUGUGUCGUAUGAUCUGAAGGGGACAAUGUUUAACUAAUUCUGAGUUCAGCAGGCCGUUGCGCUAAAGCAAACAAAGGAAAGGAGGGUUGCUCAACAACAAUGACAAAAAGCAUGAGGCUUACCAAGAAAAACUUCCAGAAAGUACUAAUUAAUUUGAGGUAAAAAGGAGUUGGAGCAUAAAUACAGAUUUAUUUAUUUUAGGUCACUUUAAUACAAGGUCACUUUAAUACAUUGUUCUUCAAGAUUAGUACAGGUGACUGAUGUUUCGACGUCAAGCUGACGUCUUCCUCAGCCCUGUGUGGGAUCUCCUGAAAUGUAAAUUGGGAGCCCUGAGAAAAUAUUUAAUCUUCUUAUCAAACAAAUACUUUUGUCUUCAAAUGGUUAUAGAACACAACCUCUUAGUGUCAACUAAGGACGUUUUACACUAUUAAAAUGCGUGAACAAAAAUUGAGGUAAUAUGAACACACAGCGUUAACUAGGGAAUAUCAUUUUUCCAAGUGGGGUCCCCUGCAUUUUCAAGUGUCAAUUUGGGGUUGAGUGCAGUAAAAGUUUGAGAACCCCUGAGCUAAUAUGUCAUUUCUAUUUCCUGUUUCCUUUGAAGGACGUGAACGACAAACUGAGUAGAAAGUUCCCCAAGUUAUACCUCCCUGGUCAGCAGGGGGCGCUGUUCAACUACAAGAAUUUCUUCAUCAGUCUGUUCCACGGCAUCUUCACCUCUCUGGUGAUAUUCUUCAUCCCGUACGGAGCGUUCCUCCAGACCAUGGGGCAGGACGGAGAGGCACCCUCCGACUACCAGUCCCUCGCUGUGGUCAUGGCCUCCUCUCUCAUCUUCACCGUCAACCUGCAGGUAGCUGGAGAAUGAUUGGUUGAUUUGAUUAGUUGGUUGGAUUGGUUAGUUGAUUGAUUCCCAGCUGUUCUUUUUAUAAAACUGUUCAGCUCAAAUGCAAGACUGAUAAGAGACCGAUUUUAUAGCUGUUAGCAAGUGAUGUAGAGUUGUUUUUAUUUUCCUGUGUCUCUUCUGUUCUCUCCAGAUAUCUCUGGAGACGUCCUACUGGACCUUUGUGAACUGCUUCGCUGUCCUCUGCAGUAUAGCUAUAUACUUCGGGAUCAUGUUCGAUAUCCACAGUGCAGGAAUCCACGUCAUCUUCCCCUCAACCUUCACCUUCACCGGUGAGUUCUGCUUAAUAUCUGUGGUGUAUUCAUCAGUGUACACCGUAGUGAAAUGUUUUGCAACUAAAACAAGUUUUACAACAAAAAUGGCCGUUUCUUAUUGAAAAGUUCAGGUUAGUGCCGCCCCCGUUUAAGCUGUUGGUUUCCGUUUGGCUCCUACAAACGGACUGAAACAGGGAGAAUCUAUCUGUACCUGUCCAAUAAGAGACGCUAAUGUUUUGUUUUUCGUUGCAAAACGUUUUAAAAUGUUGUGCUCUAAUGAACAUGACCCAGGCCAUACGGCUCUUGUCACUGAUGGUGGUGAUGACGAUCAGGGCACAGCAUUUUAAAAAAAUUCAUUGGUAGCACUGGUGCUGCCAAUUUUUAAGUUAGGAGCACAACAUUAAAUCUAGGAGCACCAGAUAUACAGUGAGGGAAAAAAGUAUUUGAUCCCAAAUCAAAUCAAAUUUUAUUGGUCACAUGCGCCGAAUGCAACAGGUGCAGACAUUACAGUUAAAUGCUUACUUACAGCCCUUAACCAACAGUGCAUUUAUUUUUAACAAAAAAAGUAAAAAUAAAACAACAACAAAAAUAGUGUUGAGAAAAAAAGAGCAGAAGUAAAAUAAAAUAACAGUAGGGAGGCUAUAUAUACAGGGGGGUACCGGUGCAGAGUCAAUGUGCGGGGUCACCGGCUAGUUGAGAUAGUUGAAGUAAUAUGUACAUGUGUGUAGAGUUAAAGUGACUAUGCAUAAAUAAUUAACAGAGUAGCAGCAGCGUAAAAAGGAUGGGGUGGGGGGGCAGUGCAAAUAGUCUGGGUAGCCAUGAUUAGCUGUUCAGGAGUCUUAUGGCUUGGGGGUAGAAGCUGUUGAGAAGUCUUUUGGACCUAGACUUGGCACUCCGGUACCGCUUGCUGUGUGGUAGCAGGGAGAACAGUCUAUGACUAGGGUGGCUGGAGUCUUUGACAAUUUUGAGGGCCUUCCUCUGACACCGCCUGGUAUAGAGGUCCUGGAUGGCAGGAAGCUUGGCCCCAGUGAUGUACUGGGCCGUACGCACUACCCUCUGUAGUGCCUUGCGGUCGGAGGCCAAGCAGUUGCCAUACCAGGCGGUGAUGCAACCAGUCAGGAUGCUCUCGAUGGUGCAGCUGUAGAAUUUUUUGAGGAUCUGAGGACCCAUGCCAAAUCUUUUCAGUCUCCUGAGGGGGAAUAGGCUUUGUCGUGCCCUCUUCACGACUGUCUUGUGUUUGGACCAUGAUAGUUUGUUGGUGAUGUGGACACCAAGGAACUUGAAGCUCUCAACCUGUUCCACUACAGCCCCGUCGAUGAGAAUGGGGGCGUGCUCAGUCCUCUUUUUUUUCCUGUAGUCCACAAUCAUCUCCUUUGUCUUGGUCACGUUGAGGGAGAGGUUGUUGUCCUGGCACCACACGGCCAGGUCUCUGUCCUCCUCCCUAUAGGCUGUCUCAUCGUUGUCGGUGAUCAGGCCUACCACUGUUGUGUCGUCGGCAAACUUAACUGCUGAUUUUGAACGUUUGCCCACUGACAAAGACAUGAUCAGUCUAUAAUUCUAAUGGUAGGUUUAUUUGAACAGUGAGAGACAGAAUAACAACAAAAAAAUCCAGAAAAAUGCAUGUCAAAAAAUGUUAUAAAUUGAUUUGCAUUUUAAUGAGGGAAAUAAGUAUUUGAUCCCUCUGCAAAACAUGACUUAGUACUUGGUGGCAAAACCAUUGUUGGCAAAACCCUUGUUGGCAAUCACAGAGGUCAGACGUUUCUUGUAGUUGGCCACCAAGUUUGCACACAUCUCAGGAGGGAUCUUGCAGAUCUUCUCCAAGUCAUUAAGGUUUCAAGGCUGACGUUUGGCAACUCGAACCUUCAGCUCCCUCCAUAGAUUUUCUAUGGGAUUAAGGUCUGGAGACUGGCUAGGCCACACCAGGACCUUAAUGAGCUUCUUCUUGAGCCACUUCUUUGUUGCCUUGGCCUGUGUGUUUUGGGUCAUUGUCAUGCUGGAAUACCCAUCCACGACCUAUUUUCAAUGCCCUGGCUGAGGGAAGGAGGUUCUCACCCAAUAUUUGACGGUACAUGGCCACGUCCAUCGUCCCCUUUGAUGUACUCCUGAGUGGCGCAGUGGUCUAAGGCAGUGCUAACUGUGCCACUAGAGAUCCUGGUUCGAAUCCAGGCUCUGUCGCAGCCGGCCGCGACCGGGAGACUCAUGGGCGGCGCACAAUUGGCCCAGCGUCGUCCAGGGUAGGGGAGGGAAUGGCCGGCAGGGAUGUAGCUCAGUUGAUAGAGCAUGGCGUUUGCAACGCCAGGGUUGUGGGUUCGAUUCCCACUGGGGGCCAGUAUAAAAAAAUAAUAAAAAAAAAGAUGUAUUCACUAACUGUAAGUCGCUCUGGAUAAGAGCGUCUGCUAAAUGACUAAAAUGUAAAUGUAAUGUGGUGAAGUUGUCCUGUCCCCUUAGCAGAAAAACAUCCCCAAAGCAUAAUGUUUCCACCUCCAUGUUUGACGGUGGGGAUGGUGUUCUUGGGGUCAUAGGCAGCAUUCCUCCUCCUCCAAACACGGCGAGUUGAGUUGAUGCCAAAGAGCUCGAUUUUGGUCUCAUCUGACCACAACACUUUCACCCAGUUCUCCUCUGAAUCAUUCAGAUGUUCAUUGGCAAACUUCAGACGGGGCUGUGUAUGUGCUUUCUUGAGCAGGGGAACCUUGCGGGCGCUGCAGGAUUUCAGUCCUUCAUGGCGUAGUGUGUUACCAAUUGUUUUCUUGGUGACUAUGGUCCCAGCUGCCUUGAGAUCAUUGACAAGAUCCUCCCGUGUAGUUCUGGGCUGAUUCCUCACCGUUCUCAUGAUCAUUGCAACUCCACGAAGUGAGAUCUUGCAUGGAGCCCCAGGCCGAGGGAGAUUGACAGUUCUUUUGUGUUUCUUCCAUUUGCGAAUAAUCGCACCAAUUGUUGUCACCUUCUCACCAAGCUGCUUGGCGAAGGUCUUGUAGCCCAUUCCAGCCUUAUGUAGGUCUACAAUCUUGUCCCUGACAUCCUUGGAGAGCUCUUUGGUCUUGGCCAUGGUGGAGAGUUUGGAAUCUGAUUGAUUGACUGCUUCUGUGGACAGGUGUCUUUUAUACAGGUAACAAGCUGAGAUUAGGAGCACUCCCUAUAAGAGUGUGCUCCUAAUCUCAGCUCGUUACCUGUAUAAAAGACACCUGGGAGCCAGAAAUCUUUCUGAUUGAGAGUGGGUCAAAUACUUAUUUCCCUCAUUAAAAUGCAAAUCAAUUUAUAACAUUUUUGACAUGCGUUUUUCUGGAUUUUUUUGUUGUUAUUCUGUCUCUCACUGUUCAAAUAAACCUACCAUAAAAAUUAUAGACUGAUCAUUUCUUUGUCAGUGGGCAAACGUACAAAAUCAGCAGGGGAUCAAAUACUUUUUUCCCUCACUGUAUAUUUUUUUAAUUGAUUGAGAUAUUAUUAAAUACAUAUUGGGCCCAUAUGGAUUCUAGCUGCUUUUGAAGCACAUGUUGUGUUCUAGAAACUAAUAUUUAACCCUGUAAAGACAUUCGUUUUAUUAUAAAAACCUAAAAUGUUGAUAGAAAAACCUGUCAUUGAAAUUACCAAGUCAUUUGUGGAAUAUCAGGUCUCUUUGAGAGCGUCAAGUUUGUGAGUGACGACAUGCAAGAGAUCAGUCAUUCAUUCAUUGCUAUGAUCAUUGAUCUUCUAAAGCAGGGGAUCCCCAACGUUUUCACUCAGACCCCCCUUCCAGCAUUGGGGAACACCCUGCUCCCCCCCUGUGUACGUGCCCCAUGUCUAUUUCUAAGGGCACAAGCAUGACACAAACUCAUGUUGGCAGAGGGAAUAUUUUGCAGAUGGGAUGGAUACUUUUUUUUGUUGUUGCCAUUUUAAAGCUCAUGUCCUACAAUUCUACACAUUUUGCCAUUUCUUAUGCGUGUUCAUGUGAUAUCUGAGUGACUCAAACAUUACAACAAAGUCAAUGGGCUAAAAAACGUUAGCUGACAUGGGCUAGUUGAUCUGGACAUUUCUAACACGUUAUAAAUAGCUCUCUAAGGUAUGCAGUGACUGACAUGACAAGAGGAAAACUGCUGAUGCACUACCCAAUUUUGAAAUUGUACCUUGUGUAUUCUACUAUUACAACUUUCAGGAGUAAGUUGAAAGCUGGACUGAGUUCCUUAAUAAAAAAAUAAAAGGGAAAGCUUCUUUAGAAAAAUGGUUCCCAAACUGUGGGGCCCCCCUGCCGACUGGCAUGCCCCACAGUUUGGGAAUCACUGUUCUAAAGAAGCAAUCCCUUUUGCUUUCUUUCUGUGCCCCCAAAUGUUUAGAUGUACUGGUAAAGUUUAAUUUGGAUUCCGCAACGCGGUUAGCCUCAGUUGCUGGGACCGCUACUAUCUGUCCAGGGAUGCUGCCAAACCCUGGUCUGACGAGCUGCUGCUUGGCGAAGCAGCUAGCCUAGCUGCUAGCUAGCGAUCAAGCUAGCCAGGUUUCCUUGACAGUUUGAACACAAGCCGCGACGCGGGUAGCCCUUGUGGCUGGGACCGCGGAUAGUCCCGGGCUUGUGGCUGUUUAAAUCCCUGCUGUUUGUGGCUGUUUCCAUCAGCCCUGCGAGCUGUGCUGGUGUUAGGAGAGGACAGUGUUUCGCUAUUACAGACCACUGGGAAAUCAGACUAUCUAGCGGGACAAUCCGUGAGGAAUAACAUUGUUGUGGAUGGCAUACCAGAGUCUACACAUGAGACCUGGACGGAGUCUGAGGAGAAAGUGAGAAAAAUUAUCACAGAAAAUCUGCAAGACGGAUCAUAGGAAGAUUAAGGUGGAUCGCUCCCACAGGUCUGGAAAUCCUGUAACCAGUCCAGGUGACAGACCCAGGCCGAUAGUGGUCAAGCUCCUAAGGUUCAAGGACAAGAUGGCUGUUCUGGAGAGAGCCAAGAACUUAACGGGAACUAACGUCUUCUCUGAAGCUGAAGCCCCAGAGCCGUAAAGAACGUAAUUCCAUCUAUGAAAGCUGCUAAGAGAACGUGGGGACGUUGCUUACAUCCCCUACGACAAGCUCAUUGUCCACCCUCCCUCCCAAAAGCCUGGGAGGAGACCGAGCCUAGCUUCCGGGUCAGUAGCUUCAGCCCCACGUCACAUAGACACAUACACCAACUGACACUCACAAAGCACCUGAACAUAACAUUGUGGCAAUAACAAGGAAAGCCAAAGUGCCAAAGGUUGGGCCUAAAGUAAUUCAUAAGAGAUCAUGCAAGAAAUGUUCUCUUGACUCUUUUGUUGAAGAUGUAAAACAAUUAUUUUUUGGUCUGACGUGUAUGAGGAAGUGAAUCCAGAUGCAGCAUUUUGUAAAAUUUGUAAAAUUAUUCUUGCCAAUUGUUGACCAGCAUGCACCUGUUAAGAAAUUAAGUGUGAGAGCUGUUAGAGCCCACUGAAUUGAUGAUGAAUUGAACAAUUGUAUGGUUCAAAGAAAUGAUGCAAAAGAGGUGUCAAACAAGUCAGGCUGCCCAGCUGAUUGGUUGACAUACUGUCAAUUGAGAAAUGUGGUGACUAAUUACUAAAUUAUAUUACCAAACCAAGAUAAAUGACAUAAAACACAAUCGAAAAAGACUUUGGAAUACCUUAAAUGAAAUCAUGGGCAGAAAACCCUAUUCAUCUCCAUUGUUCAUUGAAGUUGAUUGAUAAUGUAUAACAAAACCUUUCGAUUUUUGCCAAUCAUUUCAAUGACUAUUUCACGAGUAAGUAGAAGAACUCAGAAGUGAAGUGACAACAUUGAACAGUGAACCAUCCUGUUUUUGUUCAAAGGUGUAGUAAUGGAAGAGACAGAUUGCUAUUUUGAAUUUGGUCAAGUAAGUGUGGGAGGGGUGAAACAACUGUUAUCCAUCAAUAAUUAUAAGCCACCAGGUAUAGACAACUUUGAUGGGAAACUAUUGAGAAUGGUAGCAGACUGUAUUGCCACCUAAGUAAUUCCACUGCCUAAAAAUAGUAAAGCACCCUUUGAUGGCUCUAACAGCCGCCCAAUAAGUUUGCUGCCUGCUCUUAGUAAAUGGAUGGAGAGAAUUCUUUGACCAAAUACAAUGCUAUUUUUCAGAGAACAAGUUAACUACUGACUUUCAGCAUGCAUAUAGAGAAGGGCACUCAACUUGUACUGCCCCAAAUAAUUGUUUAAAAGAGAUGGAUAAUAAGAUGAUAGUCCGAGCUGUAUUGUUCGAUUUCAGUGCAGCCUUUGAUGUUAUUGAUCAUAAAUUGUUAUUGAAGAAACUCACUCGCUAUGGUUUUACAUCACCUGCCAUCACAUGGUUGGAGAGUUAUUUAUCCAAUAGAACCCAGAGUGUUCUUUUAAUGGAAGCUUCUCUAACAUCUGAUAUGUACAGUGUGGGGUCCCUCAGGGCAGUUGCCUUGGGCCAUUACUCUUCUCAAUUUUUUUUACAAAUGAUCUGCCACUGGUCUUACACAAAGCUAGAAUGACUACGUAAGCGGAUGAUUCCACACUCUACAUGUCAGAACACAAAGCCAGUGAACUCACUUAAAUUCUAAAAAAGGAGUUAGUCAGUAUCAUCUAAAACUAAAAGCAUUGUAUUUUGUUAAAAAUAAACAUUGAAUACCUAAACCUCAACUGGAGUUGUUGUAUAAAGUGUGUGACCAUUGAGCAAGUUGAGGAAGCUAAACUCCUAGGUAUAACAUUGGAUGGUCAAUUAUCAUGGUCAAGUCAUAUUGACAAAGUUGUAGUGAAGAUGGGGAGGGGUAUGUCUGUUUAUAAAAAGAUGGUCUGUGUUUUUGACACAUCAACUGUACUAGUUGUUCAGGCUCUGGUCUUGUCCCAUCUUGAUGACUGUCCGGUAAUAUGGUCAAGUGCAGCAAAGAAAGACAUAGCAAAGCUGCAGCUGGCUCAAAUGCCUUGCCCUUAACUGCACAUACAGAACUAACAUCAACAACAUGCCUGCCAGUCUUUCCUGGUUGAGGAUUGACGAGAGAUUAAUUUAUUCUCUUCUAGUUUUUGAGAAGUAUUACUGUAAUGAAGAUUUCAGAUCGUCUGCAUAUUGAAAUAACAUUCCGCUCAGACACCCAUACAUACCCAACAAGACAUGCCACCAGGGGUCUCUUCACAGUCCCCAAGUCCAAAAUGAAUUCACGGCAAUGCACAAGAUUAUACAGAGCCAUGAGGGCGGCAGGUAGCUUAGUGGUUAAGAGCGUUGUGCCAGUAACCGAAAGGUCGCUGGUUCUAAUCCCCGACUAGGUGGAAAAUCUGUCGAUGUGCCCUUGAGCAAGGCACUUAACCCUAAUUGUUCCUGUAAGUCGCUCUGGAUAAGAGCGUCUGCUAAAUGACUAAUUAUUAUGAUCACAUGGAACUCCAAUUACUCAAGCAAACAGCAAAAUUACCUCAUGGACUGUGAGGUGACACACACAAACACACAUUCUGUUUUUAGUUGUAUUGUUUUUAAAUGGUUUUUGUAUUGUUUGUAUAUCAUUAAAUGUGUGACUGUCCUUGUCCAUCAGUGUACCAGUGUUUUUGUAACCUGUCAUGUUUUUUCUGGACCCCAGGAAGAAUAGCUGCUGCCACUGCAAAAGCUAAUGGGGAUCCAAAUAAACAAAUAAAAGCUACCAGGUUGUUAGCUAGCUAACUAAUGAGGUAACAUGACUGAACAAGGUGUAAACAAAUGCCCGUGAGUGGUUUAGGAAUGACCCGCGACAUCAUUUAUGAACAUUUCCUAAAAACUAACUUCAUGGUCCACCAGGUAGAUGAAAAAAACAAAAGAUAUACCAGCCACUCAGAAUUCUUACCAGCUAAUACAUUUAUUUGCCAUAAUAACACCAAAAAACACAAUAAUACGUUUUUCUUGUUUUAGUUUUUCCAGUUUUUGGAGUUCCCACAGUUUUUUUUCAGGUGUUCACUCUCAAAAUGACACUUUAAAAAAAACAACAAUGCUUAAACCACAUCAGGAGACCACUUUUGAGGUCUGGGGAAAAAAUUUAAAUAAAUAUUUUGGAGGGUACAGUUGCCCUUUUUAAUGUAAAUUGCGCCUGCAUGCGCAUUGGCAGAGUUUGCAAAACGAAAGACCACUUGAUACAAAUCAUCAUGAUAUCAUAUUCUGCCAGGUAAGCCUACUUUGCAGUUUAACAUUUUAAUUUGGAACGUUUUAUGGGAAAGCCUUUAGAAAUGACUGUAUCGGCUUUGCUAACUGGCUACAAUGAUUGGUAGACACAGGCAUUCCCAUGUCGUUACGUCUUCAGAAAGUUGACAGAAAUACAAAAUCACUGAUGCAUUCUUUAAAUUCUUUAAUACUCUUUUAAUAUUCUUUACAUAUAGGCUUUGGAUUGAACGAAUCUGAGCUUGCUUUUUUUUCUCUAGGGCACUUGGAAACAACUGCACAGUGAAGCGUCUCAUUACACCAAUUAUUAUCUGGGUGAUUGUUCUCCUGGUUGCACUGGUGCUCUCAAAAUAAAAAUGUUAGUUCUGCACUGCGAAAUAUCUAUAAGCAUAUGCGACUCAAAAUGAUCGCUAUUUAGAGCCUUGACUAUGAUAAUGUUCAAUUAGUGAGCUUUUGUAACCCAGCAUGUGUUUUUGUUUUUCCCCAUGUGUGUUAGGAGUGGCUUCUAACGCGCUCAGACAGCCUUAUCUGUGGCUGACCAUCAUCUUGACUGUGGGGAUCAGCCUGCUACCUGUCAUCUGUAUUCAGUUCCUCUACAAAACCAUAUGGCCAUCCGUUGGAGAUGACGUAAGGCCUAGCUACUACUAACCAAAGAGGACUUUACUCAUAAUGCGUUGAUAUCGGCAACAUUUUGGCAUGUUAUGUCCAUGGUACACACGAUGGGCUCAUUGCCACUGCAAUAUUGUUAGAGAUUUUUUUAGCAGAGAUCAGUGUAUAAAAUGGAGCACAAAAUAUGGCAAACUACAUCCCAAGUUUGAAGUGCUCUUGAAUGAAACCCACCACACAUCCAUAUUUAAAAAAUGUUUAUAAAUGAUGUAUGAAUGUUUAUGAAUGAUUUUGUUUUUUUCCGCAGGUCCAGAGGAACAGGAAGAAGUAUGAGAUGGAGGAAGAGGAGAAGAAGAAACCUCCCUUCCAGCGUGGAAGACAGUCCCGCCGCUCAGCCUACGCCUUCUCUCACUCCAGAGGCUACGCCGACCUCAUC